ACAUCAGUCUAAGGAGCUCUGUGUUUGUGGAGAGAGAGAGUUUACUGUGUCUUUCAAACUACUGGGAGCUUGACGGGAAUAUUUAAUGAGAAAGCAAAAAGGUGCCCUGGAUUUUUUUUCUUGUUCAUUUCUGAUUCUUUAGAAUAAUAUUGUCUGAAGUUUGUGCUGCAGAAUAUCUUGGGAAAAAAUAACCCAGGCAUACUGGUUGGAGACAAGGAGUUUUCUCUUUAAAAAUUCACACACCUCCGGCAAGGUAAUACUGAUUGUUUCCCUAUGUAUGAUUCAUUUAUAGAUCUAAUUUUGGAAGGGAGAGAGCAAGCAUAUAAUUCUAUAUUUUGGAUAAUUCAAUGCUUUGCAUGUUAGGGAGAUGCCCUGAGGGUAAGAAGUGUCUUUAAAAUGAAAUUGUGAUGCAAAUACCAUCAUGUCUAUGCAUUAUUGAUAUGCCCACAAAGCGCAUGCACACAUACACAUACAGACACACACAAUGUCUACAAAGCUUUGAUAAAUCCAUCAUUUAAAUACUUUUACAGGCAAGUUAGGUGUCUGUAAUUUGUUUAAUGCUUUAAGAACCAUAUUCAUUUUCUCAAGUAGGUUUCCUCUCCUCUUUCUUUCUUUCUUUCUUUCUUUCUUUCUUUCCGUAUUUAAUAACUAGCACUGCUAGUUUACAACUGCGCAAAUAUUGAGCUAACUUUGGGCACUGAUAUAUUUUUCUCCUUGCUGGGGGUUCCAAUUGUCUCACUGGUUGCUAUAUAAAGUUAUGUGGAAAAAGAGGGUUGAUAAUGCAGUGUGUGUGUGUGGGGGGGGCACUGGAAUCAUCUCUCUGCCUCUCCUUUCACCCCUGUGCUCCCUGCCCUGCCCCCAAUAUCCUUUUGUGUUGAAUGGCUGCUAUGCUAGUAAGACUUUAAAGAGGAAUAGCAUUAUCAAGCCUGUCACAGCAGCUCACCUUCUCCCAGGGAGAUUGGAUUCUUGAUAAGUCUCUGCAAUGUGAUUUGUGUCAGGCCAGUAGCAACAUGUACCGAUCACCCCAAGCGAAAAUUCAGAGAAAGAAAGGUUUUUGUGGUGUUUUUUUUAAAAGUUGGGGUUGUUGGGGUUUUUUUUUAUAUAUAAUUCUAGUACUUUUGGAUUGAUAAAGAAAUCACACUUUGGGGAUGGGUUCUUGGGUAGUUAUCCUUCUUUCUGCCUUUCAUUAAUUAGAAAACAAAACAGAUCCUUCAGAGACUGGCAAAUCAGAAAGCAGCUAAAAUCCCAUCAUUCAUUAGCUUGUCAAACUGCCCCAAAAGGAAUUCAGUCAAUGUCCCAAGAUUUUCAAAAGGGAUUUUACAGCAAACAGAAUCAACCAGCUUCCAUUUCACCAUGCCAUGGAUACAAACAUGGAUACAAAGAAAGUGUGUUUGUAUAUUAAACAAAGAGUGAGUUCCUGCAAUCCUUAUUGGUGUGUGUGGUGGCGGGCGGGGUGUAUGUGUAAUUAGGUGAAAGGAAAUACAGAUAGUUUUAUUACUGAAAUUGCCCAAAAGACAACAUCAUAACACAGGGCUGUUUUCUGAAUGCGGAUUGCUACCAGACUCUGAACAGACUUGUUUUUCAUUUCAUUUUAAUGUGAUCUGACAAAUUGCUUGGCAGAGGUGAGGGUUCUGGGGGGAAAAGGGAAAUGCAUUUAGACGUCUUAUUUCUUUAUUUUAAAAAAGCAUGCAUAAAAGGAAACAAAUGGAGGAAACAUCACUACCAAGAUGAUUUAAUGUGACCCUGAUGAUGGGCUGAAAUGAGGUUUGGGAGGACACAGUGUCAAAAAUGGGGCAGGGGAAGAGUUGUGUAGGGAUUGUGUCAUUUGCAAGUGCUGCUGAGAUCUGGUCAUGGCUGAUGUGGCAGAGUAAAACACCAACCCUCUAUGAGGAGUCUGGCCAGCUUGAAGCAGCCAGAGGGAGGACCACAUUGCUGCUUAUCGAAACUCUGCCCAAACCAAACAUUUCAGUCAGUAGCUACUAUCGUUGAGCUUAUUCAGAGUUGUUGGAGAAGUGGGGGAUUAUCUCCUUACUUUCCUCUUUCACCUGGACCAUUAUUGCCACACUUUAAUGUUGCUGUUGGUGUUUGGAAAGUUUGCCACCAGUUGCAUUCAUCAAUGGAUUGAAGUGGAUCAAUUUCUUUUGUACUGAGUAGAUGUAAAACAAUUUUGCUGGGAUUAAAGUAACUUUCCUUCUGAAGGUCCCUUCAUGCUAUAAGGUGGGGAAUGGGAACCUCACCCUCUCAUUGGCUGCUCUUCCUCCAUUAUAUUGGUGGCAGCCUCACCAAAGAAGAUGGGAAAAUUGUUCUGGUUCUUCCGAUGGGAGUUGUGGUCCAUCAUGGAGGGGUCCAGGUUGGGGAAGGCUGGUUUAGAUUUUUUGCCAGGCAAAAGUACAAAAUUUUGCUACAAACUCUUGGACAUGUCUGCAAAGAGUUGUGGACCAGGCAAAAACAGCUUCGAAUUUCAGUUUUGCCAGGUUCUGGACAUACUUGCCAGUGCUUUAAAAGCCAAGUUGGGCUAUAAAAGUACAUUUUAAAAAUACUCCAUUAAGUUUAUUAAUUAAAUUUCUUUAAUUUAAUUACUUAAUUAACCUCUCUUUUUUGGUUCAGUACACUGCUCAGUUUUAUUUGCUUUUUUUAAAAAAAUCUGGGUUUUAGGACUUUAAUGACUGUUGCUAACUGUAUUUUACUGUUCUUAUGUAAUCUGCCUUGAGAUUUUUUUACCAAAUUACACAGUAUACACUUUUAAUAUCUAAAAUUUAUCAUAUACAUGUAAUAAUAUCCUGGAUGGGAUAGACUAGUGUCUUGAAUUGUCUCGUGCUAAUGGCUGCCGGGGAGACAGGGUUGGGGGUGCCAGUGGUAGAUGCAUAUGGAAUCUGCCUUGGGGAUGUAGUCAACAUAGCACUAAGUCUCUGAGAGUAUCCUCCAUACAGAGAGCCCUGGGAUGAAUGCAAACAGUUAGCAUGUGGGUAAUCUAACACAUUACACUUGUGCCAGCACUUGCAUCUCCUUGCCAAGUAAUCAGAAGAAUUUUACCUGAUUAGAGAGGUGUGAUAGAAUGCUCCUCACCAUUUGGAAGGGAAAUUCAGGCAAACAGCUUUCCAUGUUCAACAUUUAUUCCAUGCACAAUGACAUAACACCUGCCAAUGAAUGUCCAUAUUCAACCCUAAUCUCAGUUGUGUAAGGGCUUGUGGUUGCUCAAAGCUACACUUUUGUCCAUCAUUUCUUCACAUAAAGACAAGCUAUAAGGAUAAGAACAGCAGCAAUGAGCUCCAUCUUAAAUUAAGCCUAUAUCAUUUUCAGACGAUGGAAGUGUUACCCAGUUCAAAUCAUGCAGAAUCAUAGAAUCAUAGAAUCAUAGAGUUGGAAGAGACCACAAGGUCCAUCGAGUCCAACCCCCUGCCAAGCAGGAAACACCAUCAGAGCACUCCUGACAUAUGGUUGUCAAGCCUCUGCUUAAAGACCUCCAAAGAAGGAGACUCCACCACACUCCUUGGCAGCAAAUUCCACUGUCAAACAGCUCUUACUGUCAGGAAGUUCUUCCUAAUGUUUAGGUGGAAUCUUCUUUCUUGUAGUUUGGAUCCAUUGCUCCGUGUCCACUUCUCUGGAGCAGCAGAAAACAACCUUUCUCCCUCCUCUAUGUGACAUCCUUUUAUAUAUUUGAACACGCCUAUCAUAUCACCCCUUAACCUCCUCUUCUCCAGGCUAAACAUGCCCAGCUCCCUUAGCCGUUCCUCUGGACACGUUCCAGUUUGUCAGUGUCCUUCUUGAACUGUGGUGCCCAGAACUGGACACAGUACUCCAGGUGAGGUCUGACCAGAGCAGAAUACAGUGGCACUAUUACUUCCCUUGAUCUAGAUGCUAUACUCCUAUUGAUGCAGCCCAGAAUUGCAUUGGCUUUUUAGCUGCCGCGUCACACUGUUGGCUCAUGUCAAGUUUGUGGUCAACCAAGACUCCUAGAUCCUUUUCACAUGUACUGCUCUCAAGCCAGGUGUCACCCAUCUUGUAUUUGUGCCUCUCAUUUUUUUGCCCAAGUGCAAUACUUUACAUUUCUCCCUGUUAAAAUUCAUCUUGUUUGUUUUGGCCCAGUUCUCUAAUCUGUCAAGGUCGUUUUGAAGUGUGAUCCUGUCCUCUGGGGUGUUAGCCACCCCUCCCAGUUUGGUGUCAUCUGCAAAUUUGAUCAGGAUGCCCUUGAGUCCAUCAUCCAAGUCGUUGAUAAAGAUGUUGAAUAAGACCGGGCCCAAGACAGAACCCUGCGGCACUCCACUAGUCACUCAUGUGUUCCUAACGUUUUCAGACUGCUUUUAUGCUCCAUAUUGCAUUCUCAACUGUGCAUCAUAUGUCUUCUAUAUAAACAUAUCAAUGCAACUUUGACACCAGGACACAUGCUGUGCCUACUCUUGAAAAUCAGUUCAAUUAUGCUUGCAAACAAAACACUGGCAGGUAUGGAAUUUUUUAAAAUAAUAUGCCAUGUAUGGUUUGCAGUUGCAUUCAGAACCUAUUACUUACUAAUCCAAUUUAUCAGAAUGUUUCUAUACCUUACUUCUGAUACCAAUAACUAUUGAGAGCUAUAGUUGUGUAGUAGUGUUGCACAAGGACUGAGAGAGUAGGGCUCAAACCACACCCCCCCACACCCCCAGCCAUGAAACUCGCUGGGUGACUCUUGGCCAGUUAGUGUCUCUUAGAUUAACCUUCCUCACAGUGUGGCAGAUUCACAAGACAAGCUAUUAAAACGAAGACCUUAGAACUGCCCUUCUUGCUCCCUAGGCUGCAAUCGCCAUAUAACCUCAAGGUUAUUUUUUGUAGGUUUAAUGCUUCUUAAAUGUUAUUUUCAAACCUGCAAAAAGUAAGCUAUGCUGCAGUUUUUGGAAACCUCAAAGGACGUGUUCACACCUUGGUAUAAAUACAACCCAAGAUUUUCACUGAUUGUUAACACUUCCACUGAGGAGUCUUUUUUGCACAAUGCUGAAUAUAUUGGGCACAAUCCAACAUAUGCUGUUCCCACACAAAUUCCACUGGAAAAAAUGUGGUACUUGUGGGAGCAAUAGCUAGGAGAUUAGGUUCACUUAUUGUUACUGGCAACGCCAAGCACAGGCAUUCCACUCGUCUGAUUUGGCAUCCAGUUAGUCUAAUGAGCUAUUAAUAUCAUACAUCUAGAUGCUUUAUAUUUUUGGUCAAAAAUAGAUGGGCAAAGAAACUUUCCCAUUCAUCAUGUGAUGUUUUUGCAGGAAUCAAUGUAUAUUUAGCACCUGCCACCCCUUUCUUGAUGCUUCCUAUAGCUGGAAUGUGCUGUUUGUUUUCUGGGAUACAGUUCUCAAUGCGAGAGGCAUAACCUUUUCACAGGUGGAUGGUUGUGAAAACUGCUGCUGAGCUGAGUUUUUCAGUUUGGCCAGUUACCAGCUGAGCUUACCACAUUCUAGCUAGUGUGCAGCAGGCAUCUGUGUAGGUGGCCAGUUAUUAUCCCACCAACAUGGAGAGAGCUGUGUAUCGUUACCAGGGCAGUGGACAGGAGAGGAGGGUCCGCUGCUUUGUUUGGUGAGGAUUUAGUAAACACCGAGUUCUCACACUCCCAUAGGACCUUCCACCAAACCUGAAGGUUGAGAAAGUUUAUAUAUAUCUAUACAUAUAUAUAUAUAGAGAGAGAGAGAGAGAGAUUCAGCAUCAUCUAGUAAGCCGGAGCACUAUUACAAACGAAAGUUUCAUUUCCUGGCUCAGUUAGUUACCUUGGGUAAAUAACUCAUGUUAUACAAUUGAUAGCAUGAGCUCUUCCAUUUCCUAGAGCACCUGUGUGCUCAUUUAUGAUAUACAAAAAUUAAGAAUAUAAUUCUUGCUUAACAUGGACACCCACACCCACACAUGCCAGCUAGAAGAAAUGCCAAGCAGAGGGGAAGGUGAUGUUAUUUCUGGAGACUAGAAAGCUGUCAUAAAAUCUGAUUGGUGGUGUGCCGGGGGGGGUGGGGGGAGAGAAGGGCCUAAUAUAUAAAAGUACGCCUGACUCUUUAAACAGAAACAUCAGAAACUGAUACCCUAAUCUAUCUGCCAAUGCCCCAGUUUAUAGACUAUUCAGUAUUCACUUAGCUUUUUACAAAACAGUUGACAUCUCCCGAGGGUCAGUCCAUAACAUUUUGCUGCCUGAGAUAAAGUACAGAAAACCACCAGUCUGACACAGUGGCAAAGCACUCAUUGAGGGCAGCAGCAGGCUAGCUUGGGGUGGUAGCAAGGAAGCCAUAUGGCACCCACAGCUGUCAUCUAACUGAUCACCGUCACUCUCUUGCCUGCCCCCCAGCACCUGUUGCCUGAGGCACCCACCUCACUUGGCAGGGGCAGCCCUGCUUCUAUCCUGUGGAUUCUUUUUUUCAGCACCUCCUGAUUGGCUCAGGCUUCCUGCAUCACACCCUGUGACAUCAUGGAUCUAUAGUCAUCAAACUGUUAUUUAACUGAGAUGGCUCAGUCCUUUGCACUCUGAUGUAAAGGAAUACGACAGGUGACCAAAUUCUCUGGGAAUCAGCAACAACCAUGACUUGCACCCCUACGUCAGCUAAAGAGCCCAUUCCAAAUCAAUGUCAUACCACAAGCUGUGAUUUCUAAAAAGUUCUGAAAAAAUGGAAGUACAGCUAAAUGUUCAAAAGCUUGCUUUUUGUUUUAGGCAGAUGCUUAAAGGCCAUCAAAAACAUUACAGUAAAAAUUAACUAACCAAAGGUGUGAAUGUAGAGGGCAGGGAGAUCAAGAACUUGAUUAUGGCAUAAAGCCACAUUUAUUCACACAUUUUUAAUGAUAGCCUGUUUCAAAUCAUUAACCGGACUAGUUAUACAUCCUGGCUUUAUAUACUUCCAUAUAAAUGGUUAACGUAGUUGCUUGUAAUUUUUAGAAAGAUCCAGUCCUGGCUCCAUGGCAAUUCCCAUUUCUACCUUGCCAUCCUAAUUAUUAGUUUGCACCCAUGUUUGCAGUGAUAAAUUAUCUGGGAGUUUUAAGGGACCAGAGAAGGAACCUGUUUGACUUGAUUCCUGCCAAUGCUGUUCAUUGUUCAAGUAUCCCUACAGUACAACUCUGUGCAUGGUUUCCCACAAAGAACCCUGGGAUCUGUAGUCUGGUAGAGUGCCGAGAAUUGGUAGGAGACCUUUAUUCCCUUCACAGAGCUGCAAUUCCCCAAGUGGUUCAUUAAGCCCAGUGCUUUUUUAAAAAAAAUGUUUAGGGGAACUGAGGCAGAGAGAGAAUAAUUGGCCUUGGGUCACACAAUGUAUCUACUCACUCUGCUUCCCCCAAGUUUUCUAGGAAUGGGAGACUAUGGGAACAGUGCUUAGAAUACAUGACUAGAGAGGUACACAACUACAGGUCCUAGAGUUUCAUGUGGCCACAGCUGACUGAAGGACAGUGCCAUUCUAUGAAUCAGCAGCGAGGAUCUUUCCAAAAUGGCUGCCAGACAUUUCCAGAACAAAAGAGAAGGAAAACAUGGAAGUGGUAUAGGAGAUGAAGAGGAGCAGGGCAUUUUUUUUCCAGCUGGAACUGAACCAGGGAGGUCCUCAGGGUGAGAUCCAGCACUCUUUUUCUAGAAAAAUAGUACUGAGGAAGAAGAUUGCUAUUUUUUCACACCAAUACAUAGGUCCUUGUACCAUCCCACCAUUCUGUGUUAUCUGGACAUAGCUGCUGAUCCAGAGCCAUUUCUGAAGAGCAGCUUGUUGUUCCCGGCCUCUGCUCAGCUUCUCCCCUCACUACCAGCUGCUUCUUAGGGCCCCAUAAAGCCUGAGGCGCAUCCUAGAUGGGAGCCUCCCUAGCUUCAUGUUCAUUCAUCUAACUGGAUGCAUAUGCAACAAGUAUGAGCAAAUAUCACAUCAUCCUGGUUCAUGGUUCUAUUAAUAAAUCUGAAUUUAGCACAAAACAGGUGAACCCAGACAGAGAUCAUUUUGCUUCAGCCAGUUAGAGACAAUUAUAGUGUAUGAUUAGCUCUACCGAGGGGAGACUGUAUAAACAACACAGAGUUGUAUGAAAUUCUGCUCUUAAGCCCUUCUCUUCAGAAGGAUGUCAAGCUCUGUGCGGACAUGUAAGAAAAAUUCAUAAAAUCAACCCUGGGGUGUUUUCUUUUUUUCCAAGGAGCAAAAAGUCUUAGACGUGAAUUCUUUGCUCCCAUAGACUAAAUAUGUACCUUCAGGGGAAAGCUUGCACUGCAAAAUCGUUCCUAGGUUGCAAAAAAGUACAAUGCAAGUACAAGACUUUGCUUUCUUUCAUGGCCAGAGAUAAAUCUAAUAACUCAUUUCUGUAUUUGGUGCCUUUCUAUACUGCCUUUUGAGUGAAAACGGUUAGAAAUGUGACAUUUUAGAUUUCAGCCAAUGGAAACGGAAGCCCGAGACAGGUGUUCCCCUUGCAUGGUGAGAAUCACAUGACAGAACAGUGGGGCUGGGUUAGUGAGAUCCACCGCUUCUGUUGUACUUCCACCACCUUGCCUUACUACCCUCCGCGAAUUGAAGGGCAAACAGGUCUGCAGUGGGGAAUCCAAUGCAUUUGGAGAAUUUUCCUGUGCAAUGUAGAGCCCAAAUUGUGUAUGGUUCUAAAUCACAAUGGAUAAUACAACAGGGUCCCCAAUACAGGCAUUUUCCUGGACAGUGGUGGGACUGUGGACUAGGAUGUGGGAGAAGUGGCAGAACUACUGGGAAGUCCCCCUCAUCCUAUGAGCAGAGAAACCCAUGAGUAGGGCUAGAGUUGCCCUAGAGUUAAAGUAAUACAUUUGCCAUGGGCCCAUUGGACAUGUCUGUAUCAUACACUUAGAAUCAUAGGACGGAUAGAAUCAGUUGAAAGCUGCAUCCCUGCAAUUUCCACCCAUUAGUCCUGCUCUUUGGAACAACAGAGAGCAAGCCUGCUCCAGCCCUUCAGUUAUUUGAAGACUGCUAUCAUCUACCCUUAAUCUUCUCUUUCUCCAGGCUAAACAUACCCAACUCCUUCAAUCAUUCCUCAUAGGAUGUGACUUCCAGAUCCUUUUACCAUCCCAAUUACCCCUCCCUCUUCAGCUGGUCAAUGUCCUUAGAAUGUAGAACCCAGAACUGUGGCCUGGACAGCUCUUUAACUGGUUUAAUCAUUCUUCCUUCUCCCAUGAAAGUCUGGGACCUGUAGUUGUGUACCUCUCUAGUCAUAUAUUCUAAGCACUGUUCUCACAGUCUCUCAUUCCUAGAAUACUCGGGGGAAGCAGAGUGACCCAAGGCCAAUUAUUCUCCCUCUGUCUCAGUUCCCCAUUUGUAAAAUGGGAAUCAUACUGCACAGGGUAGUUGCAAGAGCAACCUUAAAAUAUUUUAUAUGCAAAUGAAAAGGAGUAGUGAGGUAGUUUGCAGGAUCAAAGGAAAAUUACGCCAAAAAAAAAAAUCAAAUAAUAAAACCUCAUGGAUUUUGCAUUCUGAACGCAUGGCAGACUAGUCAUUUAACUGCUUCGAAUUAAUGUACACUUCCCCUCCUGACUACCUAGGCGAGAAUUAUUGGAAGCAUGCAAGUUCCUAUGAUGUGUAUAAUGAAUGGAGGUGUGUGAGUGAUGCUUGAAUAAAAGUAUAAACAUUCCACAGGUGUCGGCCAGUUGGGAUGGAAGCUGAAUGCCUACAGGGGCUGGAGGAGGAGUUAAUCAUCCUAAGGAGAUUUCACAUUUCCGCCAUUUAGAACUUUGCUAUGUGGAGCCAUAAGUUCAGUGUCAGGUGUUCCUAUGAAAUCCUAUAGCAGAGCCCAUGCUCAGGGCAAUGCUGGAAAACAGCUGACACUCUGAAUGAGUGUUUGUGACACUUUCAUGGCAGUGCUUUAACAAGGGCUCUUUUCAUGUGCAGCCCAGGCUGGAGCCGAUUCAGCUUCAGUCAGUGCAGCAUGAUUAAGGAUGGAAUCCUGGUGUCAUUUAGCAGUCCUCAACAGUGUGAUAAGGCAAAGGACAGACCAACCACACAAGCAAUAGUCAUGCAAAGGUUUCAUCUAAGGUUAGCCAACUUCAUACCUUCCAGGUAUUUUUGGCUACAGUUCCAUCAUCCUUGGCUAUUGGUUAUGCUUGGUGCAACUUAUGGGAAUUGUAGUCCACAACAUCUGGAGGGACCACACUGACUAUGCCUGAAACAGAGGAUGCCUUCAAAUAGAAGACUAUCUUCUGACAGCCCUUAAGAUAGAGGGCAGUACUGGCUAAAGCAGGAAGCACUGCAACCCUACAACUUGAAUUGAGGGAACACCUCCAAGUAGUAGCCAGCAGCAUGCAAUCCUUGCUUGCAAAAUGCAAGCUUGCUAUACUAAUGUUUAAUAUUUACUAGUGAUAUGUGUGUGUUCCCACUUUUUCUUCUUUUAUAGGCCGAGCUCUGCUUAUAUUCACAGAUACAAAACUACGUCUGGCAACUGCUUUUCUCUACCUUGGAAGCAGAUGUGUAGGACUAACUUCUAAGAGGAAGGCGAUCAAGUUGUUUAUAGCCAUGCAGGUCCCCCAAAAUGGGAUCUAUACAGCGGGCAAAUGUAUACCUUUUUAAUGGACCAACUAAUUAUUCAGCAGCUGCACACUUUCAAACCUUGCAACUGAAAGUUCAGCUGAAAACUCACACCUUGCUUGAAUGGUGUAUUUUCUUUUGCCAUUCCAGUUUUAUAGGCUAUGAAAUUUGACACACUAAGCCACCUUGUCUGGCCAAGCUGUAACUGAAUCAACAAUCCUGAUAAUUUCUUGGCUCUCUGAGCCUACAAAAAUGCAUGCCAAAUCAACCAUUGAGUCUCUAAGGUGUCAUAUGAGAUUAUGCCCAACAGUCUGGUCAUGUAAGCCACAGCACUGAGAAAUGGGAUCCAAAAGAGUGACUUAUUUCCUUGCACCAGCAAAGGGGUCCAUUGUCACAACAGCACUGGUAAAUGCCCCCAUGCCAUAGAUUCAAUGGCCGCCCUAAUCAUUUAACCAUUUGUCUUUCCUAGAAAGAUGCUCGGACUGGCAGGCUGUAUAGUUUGCAAGCCAUAAUUGCCUAAUUUUCCUUUUUGGAAUCAGAGGGACUUUUGUCUUGUUCAAGUGUUAAACAAAUCUCCUCUGUCUUGGUGGGCUUUUCCUUUAUUGUACUGUUUCAGCACCAUUUAGUAGAGUUCCAACUAAAGGAAACAGCACAUCUUAAAUGUUUGCACAUUUUGUUCUGCCUAAGCCAUAUAAGACCCACACAGGUAUAAAGGCUCCAAUAUCACAUCUUGUGACUCUCUAAACCGACUGCAGCCAAUCAUUCAUGCUUGGCAAACCUCUUGGGACUGCAAAAACAGGAAUUAUCAAGCGCUUGGCAGACUACAGUGUGGAAGUUGUGGCUGUAUCACUAGCUGUGCAGGUCUGCUGUAAUCAAAACAUAUGUCAAUCUACCUCUCAUUCACCUAUUCCCAUACUAGGCAUUCUCUGAAUCCCAUAUAAAACUAUAUUUAACUUCCAGGCCUGCAUGCAAAGCUGAGAGUGUUCCAAUAAGCCACUUCCUCCAACUAUUUUUAAAAUGACCAUAGUCCCCUACUGUUUAUUAUGCUAUUACUGAAGCAGCUUUUUUACCAGGAGAGAGAGAGAGAGAGAGAGAGAGAGAGAAGGAAAACAUCUGCAUCUGUAGAAAAGACCGGGCAAACUUACUCCUGAAGAUUAGUGACAGUAAACCGCUUACAUUGCCCAAGAUAAUCACAUCAUGCCCAUAAAGAAUUUCUGUUUGCACAUGUAAUCCACAGGUGGAAAUCAAAUACUGAAAACCAGCACUUCCAUUUAAAAACAUAAGAUUAGCCAUGGUCAAACUGCUUGUGGGAUUAAACAAUCCACUGGUAGAAGCUCUUUAAUCUUCCAGCUCCUUCAAAGGGCAUUCUAAAAGUCAGACUAUCAAUAACAUAAUUUAAAAGGAAGACAUUCUGUGGCUUAGGUGUGGUUUCAAAACAUCUAUUUUCUUUAAAAUGUUAAAACUUACUCAAUAUUAUUCUUCAAAAGAAGGAAAAGAUGGUUGCUUUAAAAAUAAAACCCCUUUUCAAAGAGAUAGCUGAUUGUGUGAUCAGUGUGUUCAAAGUGACCACCUUUCCAGGUUUUAGGGCAGUUUCAGCUAAGUGGGCUUGUGGGUCAUCAGUGCUAUGAAUCAGAACUCCUGUCACACAUCUUCAGAGUACCCCAAAUCAGCUACAAUAAGUCAAAAUCUCCACAAAAGUCUCUCUUCUACGAGGUAUGCUUGCUGUUUGGGUUCCAAUACUGAUACUCUGGUGUGAUAGAAGCAACAUGAAGCAAGUAAGGAGGUAAAAAAGCCUUUUGUUGGGUCCCAGGAUUUAUCUACACAAGGUUUUGGAAUGGUUGUAUGGUUCUCUAGAUAGAAUUACAGACUGGUUGUGUUUCUCCCACACCUAUGUCCUUCCAAAAAGCAUUCACCACUGACUUCAACCUUAAAAUGUUGAUGCUGCUGCUACUACUAUUAUUUAGUCUUUAAAUCCAACAAAAAGAAAACAUGUGUCAGGGGUUCAGGAGCAGAGGCAAGGGCAAGGGAGGAAACAGAGAGCGAGGGGGAGGAGGCAGAAGAAAAGAUGAGUGAUGACGACGACCCGAGAUCUCCGAGUCUUUCCAGUGAAUCAGAAGAUUCACAGAAAGGAGCACCAGUGGCCAGGGCAAGGGGGAGCCUAGGGGACGCCCCAGGAAGAUAGAGCCAGAGGGGACUCAGAGGGGAGCAGUUGGAAAUCGGGACCAGCGUCACCGCCAGAGAGCAGGGAAGAGGAAGGGAGCCAGGGAUCAAGCGCUGGCAGCUCACAACAGGGGGGAGGGCACGAGUCAGGAGUGGCCACACCUCCAUCGGGGAGCGAAGAAACGGUCAGACGGAAGGUGGAAGGUUGGGCGCGCGCGCCAAGUUCAAAUGCACAGGAAGGUGGCACAGUAGGCAGCCCGGAAGGGAGCCAGGUCCCAAAGCCCGCCGAAAGGAGGGAGAAGAGUCAGGGGGGUCAGCGUCAGAGGAAUCCCGGAAAGAAGAGACCCCAGGGGGCAGAGGGACCCAGAGAAGAACAGUCAGGCGGAAAAGGUGGAGCAGGGCUAGGAUAUUAAGUUGGUGUACAAGGGGCGGAGACUCAGACGGAGCUUCGCCGGUCUAACCAUGAGACGUAGAGUUGCACGCAGCAGUUUGAGAAUGGAAACUGUAACUCAAUAAAGACUUUUGUUUAAUGAUCGCUGGCUAGCGUGAUCCUCUGUGAGCUAGGAUCUGGAAGCAGCUCUGACAGUAAGCUCCGUCUCAUUAAAUUGUGGGCAUCUACAGCCUCGCGGAGAGGAGAGAAAGCGGGUGCCUACUAGCGAGCUCACGAAAGGCAGACAAUAUGACGGCCGAACAGCAGAUAGCGGAACUCAGAGAAGCAGUGUCACGACUGAAUGCCGAGGCUCUCGCAUCCAGGAAGAGAGAGGAGGACGCAGCUGCCGCCUACAGGGAUCUCCAGGUCAGGUUGGAAGUGCUUACGAAGCAAGGGCAACUGACACCCAAACCGGAGGGGAUUGGGUUGGGGAGACGAACAGGCGGUCUGGUCUCUCACUUCGAUGGGAAUUUGCAACAGUACCCCAACUUUAGAGCAGAUGUAAUGUGUGCACUGCAACUGCUGGACAAAGACUUUAGAGAUGAGCAAGAGAAGGUGGGAUUCAUCAUGUCCCAUUUGCAUGGAGAUGCUAAAGCAUGGCUGCGCAAUUUGUGGAGAGAUAAGGAUCCGGCGCUCCAAAAUGCGGAUGCCUUUAUUAAAGCGAUGGAUGGGUGCUUUUUAUCAAGCAUUGACGUGGAUCUUGCUCGGCAGCAGAUACAUGGACUGAAGCAAGGGAGGGCCAGCGUAAGGCAGUACCAUGCCCGCUUUUUCGCUUUGGUCAGUGCUCUGGAAUGGGACAGAGAUUCGGCUCCUGUAAGAGACCUGUUUUGGGAGGGAUUGCACGGCUCGGUUAAAGAUGAAAUUGCGAGGGGAGAGACCCCGGACCACGCAGGAGAUCGUUCAGAGGGCGCUGGCGGUGGGGGUGCGGCUGGAAGAACGUCCGUGGAGCAGGGACGAAGGGCGUGGAGGGCGCGAACCAGCCAGGGGCUCCUCCUUCCUUCCCAGAGAAGCAGCGCGUGCGCAAUCCACGCCUCCGCCAGGAGGAGGAGCGGAACCUAUGGAGGUUGGAGGUGCAAGGGCUCAGUCAGCAGCCAGAGCCCUAGCACCGGCAGCAGUGAGCGAAGCCUCCUAGAGGGAACAGGAAGUGUUACAUCUGCGAUGCUCCACAGCAUAUGGCGAAAGAGUGUCCCCAGAGGCUCCACAAGCACACUGCAGCUUCAGCAAUGGUAACUGCAGCAACGCAGCAAGGAGAACCACAGCAGGGAAACGACGGAGUCUGGUUGGAGGAAGAGGCACUGGGGCCCAACCAGACGUGUCAGUGAAGCAGUCCCCAGAGAUUUUACAGCCCAUGGACCCCCUCCCGCCCAAACCAGUAGUGAGGCUCACCGCGUCGCUCCAACUGCCCAAUGGAAUCACCAUGGACGUGCCAAUCACCAUUGACUCCGGAAGCAAUGCGGACUUUAUAGGGCAGGACUUUGUCGACCGGCACGCUAUACAGUUGCUGCCUGCCACGCUGCCCCUGCAGGUUGUCACGGUGGAUGGCAGGGAGCUGCUAGGGGGGCAAGUGGUGAAGCAGACGCCACCAAUGGUGAUGCGGCUUGGGAAUCACAGGGAAAUCAUCAGCUUCAAUGUCACUCAACUAUCGGACACGCCCAUUGUAUUGGGCAUGAGUUGGCUGGACAAGCACAGCCCGACGCUGGCUUGGUACCAGAGGCAGCUGACCUUCGGCUCUUCCUUUUGCGCUGAACACUGCAUCGUGCCCCGGCAGGAAGGAGAGGAAGAGGAGUCACAGCUGCAGCUGGGCACGCUGCAAGCGGUUCCCCACAAGUACGCAGAAUUUUUGGAGGUUUUCUGCGAGAAGGAGGCAGACAGGCUACCCCCACAGACCAUAUGACUGCAAAAUUGACCUGCUGCCGGGGGCGGCGCUGCCCAAAGGGAAGCUGUAUUCCAUGUCUGAGGACGAACUGCAGGAACUCAAAGAGUUCAUAGAUCAUAAUUUGGAGCGCGGUUUCAUCCGAGAGUCCAAGGCAGCGGGGGGGCAGUCCGGUAUUCUUUGUUAAGAAGCGGGACACGCCUCAGAAAAGACUUGUAGUGGACUAUCGCAUUUUGAACAGCGUGACCAAGCCAUCGGACUUCCCCAUGCCCCGAAUCGACGACCUCCUCGCAAAGGUACGGAAGGGCAGCGUCUUCACUAAGUUGGACCUGCGAGGGGCGUACAACCUCAUUCGCAUGCGGGAAGGAGAUGAGUGGAAGACAGCCAUGUUCACGCCCCUGGGCACCUACGAAUAUAGAGUUAUGCCUUUUGGAUUGCAAAAUGGUUCCCACGUUUUCAAGCUUUCAUGCAUCACGUGUUGGCGGGGCUCCUCUACAAGACGUGCGUCUGUUUCUUGGAUGACAUCCUGAUCUUUUCGGAAUCGCAGCAGGAGCAUGACAGACACGUCAAGGAAGUGCUGAGCAGGCUACAGCAACAUAGGCUUUACGCCAAGCUGGAGAAGUGCCAAUUCGACGUGACGGAGGUGGAUUUCCUGGGCUACAAGUUGUCUGAUAAAGGGCUCGCCAUGGACAGCGCCAAGGUCCGAGCAGUGUUGGAUUGGAAAAGCCCACGCAACCGGAAGGAGGUCCAACGGUUUGUCGGCUUUGCGAACUUCUAUCGCAAGUUUAUCAAAGGCUUUGCCAUGCAGACAGCGGCCAUCACGGACACGCUCAGCUCCAAGAAAAGAAGUUCAUCUGGACAGAGCAGGCGGAGCAGUCCUUUCAGGCACUCAAGCGUCUCUUCGCGUCGGAAGGGCAACUGCUUCAUGUCAACCCCAGCAAGCCGAUGAGGGUGGAGACAGACGCUCGGACAGAGCCGUGGGAGCAGUCCUGCUGCAGAAGGACCCGCAGGGGGUUUGGAGGCCGGGAGCGUUUUACUCAAGGAAGCUCAGCAAGUCCGAACAGAACUACACCAUCUGGGACAGGGAGUUGCUGGCCAUUCAUGCAGCGUUCAAAGCGUGGAGGCACUUCCUGAUCGGCGCCAAGCACACGGUGCAGGUCUGCACGGACCACAAGAAUCUAGAGCACUGGCGCACGGCACAGUUCCUGAACCAGAGGCAGAUACGUUGGGCUGAGUUCUUUGCGAAUUUCGACUUCCGAAUAGAGUAUGUCCCGGGGACACCAACAUCAUGGCGGAUGCUCUCUCCCGUAAGCCGCAGUAUCUGGAGGAGGCAACGCCAGCGGCCGCCAUGCACAUCUUCGCACCGACAGUGUGGGCGUGCACGGCGGCAACAGUUGACCUGGAGGCGGUGCGACGAGCGUUGCAGGAUGACUCCUUCGCGCAAGCAAAGAUGGCAGAGGCGCACAGGGGCACGGCAGCGACCGACGAGUUCCAGCUGCGAGAUGGUUUGCUCAUCCGUAAAGGGGCCAUCUACGUGCCGGGAGACGAACUUCGCGCCAAGGUACUGCAGCAGCUGCACGACGCGCCCACUGCCGGGCACUUUGGCAAGGAGAAGACGGUGGAAUUAGUAGCCAGAGACUUCUGGUGGCCAGGAAUGAGAGGGGAAGUCGCGGACUACGUGGCGAGGUGUGACACCUGCCAGAGGGCCAAACCAGUGCACAGACCGCCGGCCGGAUUGCUGGAACCGCUGCAAACUCCGUUCGAACCAUGGGAGAGAGUGGCCCUGGACUUUGUCACGGAUCUGCCCAGCUCGAGGGGCAAGACGGCUGUGCUGGUGGUGGUGGACUUGUUCUCCAAGAUGGCACAUUUCAUUCCGUGUGCGAAGGUGGCCACGGCGGAACAAACCGCCAAACUGUUCAUAGACCACGUGUUCAAGGUUCACGGUCUGCCGCGGUCUAUUCUGUCCGACCGAGGGCGACAGUUCAUCUCGAACUUCUGGCAGAGGCUGAUGGGCUUCCUGAACGUCAAGAUCAACCUGGCGUCGGCUAGACACCCGCAGACCAAUGGGCAAGCGGAGCGGAGUCAAUGCCAUCAUGCAGCAGUACCUGAGAUGUUAUGCGAAUCAACAGCCUGCGACGUGGGUGGAUUACCUGCCUCUCGCCGAGUUCGCCUACAACAACACGAAGCACGUGUCCACGGGGGUCACGCCGUUCUUCGCCAACAACGGGAGGCACCCCAGAACCUUCCCGGGACUGGAAAGAAUGGGGGAGGGGAGCCGCAGACAGCAGAUGCAUUCGCGUCGGAGUUGCAGGAGGUCCACGAUCAGCUGCGGCGGCACCUGGAGCUGGCUAAACACGCAUACAAGGUACAAGCGGACAAACACAGAAGGGUUGGCGAAGAGAUCCAUGUGGGAGACUGGGUCUGGUUAGCAGCCCACGCAGUGUCGGCCAGGUCGUUGGCGAAGAAGAAACUAGGGCAUAAACAACUGGGGCCCUACCAAGUCGAAGAACAGGUCAACCCGGUGGCUUUCAGGCUGGCUCUUCCGGAGGGUUCCAGAAUGCAUCCGGUGUUCCACAGAUCGGUGCUCACUCCAUACAAGGCACCUCACAGGUUUCAGGAACCAGGAACGGCACCGGGUCCGCUCCGAGAGAGAACCGGGCAGGGGGGAGUGGCACGGGAGGAGCGCAUCAACGAAGUCACGGAGAUUUUGGACUCCAGAUGGGGGAAGAGGGGGUAGAAUACCUUCUCGCCAAGGAGGGCACCCCGGCCAGUGCCAACAGCUGGGUGCCGGGCUACGCUUUAGACGAACCUCUGCUCAAAGAAGAGUUUCAUGCCCUCUUCCCACAUAGGCCAAAGCCAGCAGACUUUAUCGACGACUGGCUUUUCACGCCCACACUUUCAGCCAGCACGUUCCGGGGUUCGACUCGGACGAGGAACCGACACGAGACGCCCGUUCCCCGGAGGGGUCACCCUCGGGAUCUGCUUCAGAACCCUCGUAUUGGUGGGAUGAUCGACCAGAGGAGCAGUUCCGCAGAAGGUGGCUGGAGGGUCCAGGACGAGCAACGUCUCCAGAAGGUAACGAGGGAGAGACGGACAUGGACGUUUCGGGGACGACCCGGGUUUCGAGCACGGCGGCACAGAGAUGGAAGCGGAGGUGACCGUCGUCAACGAGAGCAGGGAGGAAGAACCGGAAGACUUCAGAUGGCGGCCCGCCACGGGAAGCGAACUGUAUCCGACAUUCGUCCCCCUGACACGGCAGCACCCAGAUCCCGCACCGGAAGGUGGGGUGGGGGGAAGUGGGGGCUUCGUGGGGGGGGAUGGAUGUCAGGGGUUCAGGAGCAGAGGCAAGGGCAAGGGAGGAAACAGAGAGCGAGGGGGAGGAGGCAGAAGAAAAGAUGAGUGAUGACGACGACCCGAGAUCUCCGAGUCUUUCCAGUGAAUCAGAAGAUUCACAGAAAGGAGCACCAGUGGCCAGGGCAAGGGGGGAGCCUAGGGGGACGCCCCAGGAAGAUAGAGCCAGAGGGGACUCAGAGGGGAGCAGUUGGAAAUCGGGACCAGCGUCACCGCCAGAGAGCAGGGAAGAGGAAGGGAGCCAGGGAUCAAGCGCUGGCAGCUCACAACAGGGGGGAGGGCACGAGUCAGGAGUGGCCACACCUCCAUCGGGGAGCGAAGAAACGGUCAGACGGAAGGUGGAAGGUUGGGCGCGCGCCCAAGUUCAAAUGCACAGGAAGGUGGCACAGUAGGCAGCCCGGAAAGGGAGCCAGGUCCCAAAGCCCGCCGAAAGGAGGGAGAAGAGUCAGGGGGGUCAGCGUCAGAGGAAUCCCGGAAAGAAGAGACCCCAGGGGGCAGAGGGACCCAGAGAAGAACAGUCAGGCGGAAAAGGUGGAGCAGGGCUAGGAUAUUAAGUUGGUGUACAAGGGGCGGAGACUCAGACGGAGCUUCGCCGGUCUAACCAUGAGACGUAGAGUUGCACGCAGCAGUUUGAGAAUGGAAACUGUAACUCAAUAAAGACUUUUGUUUAAUGAUCGCUGGCUAGCGUGAUCCUCUGUGAGCUAGGAUCUGGAAGCAGCUCUGACAACAUGUUUUUUAAAAAAACAUGUAUCAUAUCCAUUCAAUGAAAAAUAAUUUAAAAAACCACAUCCCUCUGAUAAAUGUGCCAGUUUUAAAAAUAAAUAAGCAAACAUUGGAAGGAACUAGGGUACUCUGAAAGGACUUCAAGAAAGAUAACCUUAAUCUACUCAAACAAUGAUAAACCAAACCACAGAUGAAUGGUAAGAAAAUGAGAUUUUUAAACUAAGUGAGGAAGUAUUCGAUAUUUUAUUUUUACUUUACAGUGAACCUGAUUAAAAUUCCAAGACUCUCAUUAUGAAGUCAAGAACAACAAUUGCAACAAUAUUUGGUAAGUAACCAAGUAAGGGACAUACUUUCAUAUUUUACCAUCUCUGCUUUGUUUGCUUGCUUGCCACCCUAUCCCACAGAUUCAGGUUGGGUUACACCAAUUCCAUCAGAAAAGACAGAUGAGCCACUGCCUCCAAAAGGGUUUAAAAUCUAAGAUAAUUGAUAUACAAGGUUUGGAGUAACAAAGGUAGAUUAUAACAGUACUGAUGUUUCAUUUGGAGAAUUUUAAAACUGGUAUAAACAAUAGGGGAGGGACGCGGGUGACGCUGUGGGUUAAACCACAGAGCCUAGGACUUGCCGAUCAGAAGGUCGGCGGUUCAAAUCCCCGCGACGGGGUGAGCUCCUGUUGCUUGGUCCCAGCUCCUGCCAACCUACAGUUCGAAAGCACGUCAAAGUGCAAGUAGAUAAAUAGGUACCGCUCUGACGGGAAGGUAAACGGCAUUUCCGUGCGCUGCUCUGGUUCGCCAGAAGCGGCUUAGUCAUGCUGACCACAUGACCCGGAAGCUGUACGCCGGCUCCCUCGGCCAAUCAAGCGAGAUCAAGCGUGACCCCAGAGUCGGUCACGACUGGACCUAAUGGUCAGGGGUCCCUUUACCUUUACCUUAUAAACAAUAGGCUGCAGUCCUAUACACCAGGGUUAUUGGAAUGAUGGGACUGCAACUCCUAUCACCCCUGAAUUUUGGCUGCAGUGCCUAGGACUGAUGGAAGUUGGGGUUCAAGGAUAUCUGGAGGGCAUCAUGUUGGCUACCUGUUAUAAGCACACAACCUGGGAGUAAGCAGCAUGGAACUAAGGGAUGCUUAUCUCUGAGUACACAUGCAUAGGAUUGCACUGUACGUUCCAGAAAACAUUCAAUGUCAUGCAAACUGAUGCUGCAAAUGUCUGCUUCCCUCACAUUGUCCAACUUGCUCUGUUUCAGCUCUGUUGCUGACUUGUAUCUAUGCCACCAAAGAAGCCACGAAGAAGAAAAAGUCCAAACUAUGUAAGUGAAAAAAGCAAUGCACCUGACUGAUGGAAGAUGGGAGCUUUCAACAUCAACCCUGCGUGAGAAUAGGGAGAGGCUUCAUGUGUGGUAUUCACUGCACAUCUUGGGGGCAUACCAGAUCUCUUCCGCUUAAAGCAAGAUACCAAAACUGGGGUUGUAUCACACAGCUUUAAAUACAUAAGAAAGUAAGAAAAGUGUUGCUUGAUCAGGAAAAAGGGCCGUCUAGUCCAGAAUCCUGACUUACUCUUCUUUGCCUAAAAAUAUACACCACUUGAGUACAGUGGUGCCUCGCAAGACGAAAUUAAUCCGUUCCGCAAGAGUCUUCGUCUAGCGGUUUUUUCGUCUUGCGAAGCAAGCCCAUUGACGGAUUAGCGCUAUUAGCGCUAUCAGCUGUUUAGCGGCUAUUAAAGGCUUAAAGGCUUAGGGAUUAGCUGCUAAAAGGCUAUUAAAGGCUAUUAAAGGCUUAGCAGAUUAGAUAAAGGGGGAAAAGCGAAAAAACCCUCAAGACUCGCAAGGUAUUUUCGUCUUGCGAAGCAAGCCCAUAGGGGAAUUCGUCCUGCGAAGCAACUUCAAAACGGAAAACCCUUUUGUCUAGCGGUUUUUCCGUCUUGCGAGGCAUUCGUCUUGCGGGGCACCACUGUACUAAAAACAAAAAUGGCAUUCAUUAAGUGUAUAUGAACAAGCAGCUGCUGACAUAACACUUCUGUGUUAAUUGCAUGGUUUCAAUGCUACCAAGAGCACCAAUAUUAAAAAUAACAUUCCAUUUGUGCCUUCACAGAUGUUCCUCAGAUCGACUGUGACAUCAAAGCUGCAAAGAUCAUCAACCCUGAAUUUAUCGCUAAGUGUCCCUCUGGAUGUCAGGAUGUCAAAUAUCGUGUCUACGGCACUGAUAUCUAUGCUUCUUUUUCCAGUAUAUGUGGCGCUGCUAUUCACAGGUCAGCAGGGUUGCCCUUCAAUCUAAGACAGCGCACAGAACCACAGGGAAAUAUGAUGGUUGCUUCAGUGGUAGAAACUCACAAGGUGUGAGUGAAUAAUUCUACAAGCUUAGUAGUUCCACAGUCGCUUAAAACUAAUAAUCCCUUCUCUCCCUUUAACUUUGCUGCACUUGAUAGCUAACCAGGUAUAUAUUGUAGCACAUUUAUUUUGGGCUAGCAACCUUUCCAGGGUAACAGCAAGCACUCUGUAGAGAGCUCACAGCUGCAGGAUGAGCUUGGUUUUCUCACAAAAGGUGUGCAUACCUUUAGGUUGAAUACUGGCAUGAACAUCAGUCUUGCUUCUCCUUCAGACAAACUUUAGCUUUACCUUUCUGGAAGAGGGAAGCCACUCCAGAAAAGGGUAGUUUUUGUGUUGUCACCCUCUGGACCUUAUGGAGGAGCCUUACAUAGAACAGCCUCCGAUGAAGAUUGCAGGUUCUGGCUCUGUUCAUGUUGGGGGGGGCGGGGCAGGGUGGUCCUUGAAUUGCGGUCCUGAGCCAUUUAAGAUUUUAUAGGUCAAAACCAGCACUUUGAAUUGAGCCUGGAAGCUAACUGGCCACUAGUGCAGGCAGGCCAGGAUUGUUGUAAUAUGCUCAAACUGUCUUGCUGCAGUGAGCAACCUGCUGGAUUCUGCACCAGUUGAAGUUUCUAAACUGCCUUCAGAAGCAGCCCCAUGUAAACUACUGUUGGUGGAAGGAGGUGCAUUGGCAAACAUCACAGGAGCCAGUCAAACAAUGGAACCACAGUGAUGGAUUCCAUGUUUGGGCCUUGGUUGGUCGGUAUGUGCUGUGGGUAGAACUCGUUGAUCUUAAUUUGGAAACUCUGAAAUCUUUUUCUUGCGCAUCAGGGGAGAUUAAGCACGUGGAAGUGAUUCACAUCAGAGGUUUAGACUAGGUACAUUCCACCUAAGAAUUAUCCUUAGUCCUGUAAUUAUAAAGUAGCUUGCCAAAUGGCUUUAGCGCUGCACUGUGGAGUUAAUGAGCACCAGAAAGCACAAAAACACACACACAACAACAACAACUAUCUGUUGGGUUAGAACAAGUCCAGUUCUGAGGAACGUCUGGAGAAAAUGUGUAAAGCACCUGGAAUUUUGCACCUGUGUGGGUUAAGCUUGCCAUUCAAAAGCCAUUCAGCAUUCUAGGGUGUUUCUGAACUGAAUGCCUUAUUUUUGCAGUGGUACAAUUGACAAGUCUGGAGGGAAAAUCCUGGUUCAAAAGGUUGCUGGACAAUCUGGCUACAAGGGUAGUUUCUCCAAUGGCAUCCGAUCGUUGUCUUUACCACGGUGGCGGGAGUCCUUCAUUGUUUCAGGUAUUUUUAUAGCUAAUCUCUUUGUUUUUGGCACUGCCAUACUUUGAAAACUAAAAAUCAGAUGAUCUGAUUAUUGAUACUGAAACGUUGAUACACAACCAUUCUGGAAACAUAGCUCUAUGAUGGGAAAGUCUCAGCAUCCUUAACUAUUGUUAAGGAUUGCCCCAGGAUUGUUUGGGGGCAGUCAUGACUGUUAUCAGUGAUAUAAUAGCGUUUUAAAUGUAUAAGGCAGAUGUGGUUUAAGUCUGCAGGGGUUAUCUGGAAUAAUUUUGCUUUGGGGUAUUCUUUCAAGUAAUUCAGACAAGCCAGAGAUUGAAACCAGUCUGAAUUCUUCCCCUCCACUCAAUAAUUCCCACUGCAAAUACAAAAAUUGCAACAAGUCAUCUGUGAGUGACAUCUAAAGAGCAAGCCAAGCUAAGCUUGAGCAGUUGAGCCGCAUCCAUUGCAACUGAGCUCAUUGUCUACAAGACAAAAAUAGUGGCAUUUCAAAGUUUAAAACAAAAACCAUACUGGCAGCGUGUUUCCACUUAGCAAACAAUUAGGAGUGUGGGAUUUGCCAGCUUGGCCAAUCAGGAACUGUACAAAGACCCAUAGAAAACAAAGAAUUAGGGCUAGGAAGCCAAGCUAGGAAGCAGGAUAUUGUGAAGUGUGAAGAAAAGAGGCAAGUUCACAGGAUUCAAGCGAUGAGCACACUAGGAGGUAUGCAAAUUGGCUGGUACUCACUUUCAGAGUAUUGAAAUGUGCUGGCUUAUGUGCAAACGAAUGACUCCAUUCAGAUCAAUGAGAGCUCCCUGCUAAAGUAACGCAAUCUGUUCUGGAUGUCUUUGGGAAAGUUAUGGACAUUAUAUUCACCUUAGUUUUCCAUGCUGCAAUUAAAGUAUUCAUUUGAAAAAUGAUCAAAACUAACUAUAUUGCCAAUUGUUUCUUUUAAAAAAUGUAUAUACACAUUUAGGGUUAAAACGAAAAACCAAGGAGUAGAUGCUACAUGGCAAGCCAAUCUAAUUCACUUCCUCUGUUUGAUUAAUUACAUGCUUAGUCUUGGGCAUGUUGCAGUUUUAUCACACAUCAGCCUGAAUUUCAGAGUUGUGUAUAUUUAAGCCCACUGAAAUUAAGGAGCUUGAUAGUGCAGUCCUAUACAUGCCUACUCAGAUGUAAGCCACAUUGAGUUCAGUGGGAUUUACUCCUAUUGGGUAUAUUUUAUUUAUUUAUUUACUUAACAAAAUUUACAUACCACUUGAUUGCAGUAAAACAUCUAAGCAGUAUACACGAGAGAUUAAAAUUGUAAGAUAAAAUUCAGUUAAAACAGAUAUUUAAAAAUAGUUAAAAUUAACAAUAGUGAUUUAAACACAUCUACAUGUCUGGCCAGGACUGGCAUAUCAUUGCUUGUUGCUAUAAAAGUUCUUAAGACAUUUACUUACCACUGUAAAUGUUAAAAACAUUUACCGUUUCUAGAAAUGUUGCUUUAUAAUGUAGUUUGAUGUGGGAAAUGUCAAGAGAGGUAACAUAUGAUGUGGCACAAUGAAAGGUUUAUGGUUUGUACCAGACUAUAACUGUCACGAUCUCCCAUAUGUGGUUUAAAUGUGAACUCAAAUGUAGCUUAAAACACACAUUGAAUUCUUUCACUAUUAUCAUGGUAAAUCAUGGGCUCUAAAAACAAUCUGUAAUGAAACGGAUCUUGAUUAAAAAUUAUGUAUGUGGUAAAUAAGGGGAACCACCUAGAGGCAUGGGUUUUUUUUGUGAGGUAGUGUUUUACUUGCAUCCAUGACAUAAAUCUUGGUUAGUUCAGUGGAAUCAGUUUUGUUAUGUUACCACCACCACCUCAGGAGACAUGAAUGGCAAAGCAAUGUGAAGUUGCUUGUUCUUUAAUAUUAAAGCGGUUUUACGCAUAAAAGGUACUAGGCCACCCACAUGUUCUUUUGUACCACAGAGCAGCUGGUGUGGCAGAUCUUGCGGUGAAUAAUUGAAAGCCCUGGGGAAAAUUGCAAAGGUCUAAUUACCUGAAGGCUGAUUUAAGAACUUAUAUUAUGCUAAAUAUGUAUAUCUUAUACUGCAUUAGAUAUGUGCUGUAGAUCUACUGGAUUAAAAUGUGUUUGCUUUAUUGCAAGGUCAUGUACUCUCUCCGAUUUGGCUUUUCUUGUUUGUUUGUGUUUGUUUGUUUGUUUGUUUGUUUUCCACAGAGGGCAAACCCAAAAAAGGUGUGCAGUACCCAUCAACACUUGAAUAUUCAUCUUCCUCUAACACACCUGUUAAAGGCAAGUGUAAGAUUUUCUGCUGGGUGUGUGUGUGUGUUGGUUGUGUUCUUUCAUAUACAGCUCCACCUGCACUAUACAUGUAAAGCAGCAUCUUACAGCUUUAAGUAGUCAUGGUUUUCCCCAAAGAAUCCAGAGUCCUCAAAUUUGUUAAGUGCGCUGAGAGUUAUUAAGAGGCCCUAUUCCCCUCUCAGAGCUUACAGGGACUGGGAGCAAAGGCUGCCAUAUGAAACUCAGCAACACCAUGCCAAGUGUCCAAUAAAGCUGGUAGCAACCACCACACACAAGCACCCCAAAGGAAUGUGUGGCUGACACUAAAUUCACAGCACCUAUAGUUUUGCAUCUCUGCAAAUAGAUAGCAUUUUCUUUGAUAUAAAUUCACUAUAUUUCUAUAUUAAUAUAGGAGGUUCACAACGGAAAGAGUAUCGGACAACUGCAGUGCCAUUACAAACUACACAAGGUGCAUUUACAACAGCAAAAGCUGCUAUCAGGACAACCGAAUUUGUCAGCACAACUCCAAAGCCAACAACAAUCCCAACUACAGUCACAACAACCAUCACUAUCCAGGCAACUACUGGUGUAGCUACAAAGCCUCCAGUUGCGAUUCACAAGGUCAGGGACAUAGGUGAGCAGAAUGGCAGAGGUCAUAGUGGCUUAACAAUGUGUUUUUGCUAUAACAGGAGUGAGGAAACUUCAACCUGUGGGUCUAGUUAGGCCUCCCCAAGCUGUCACUUGUAGUGUGACAAGUAAAAUCUCAGCACAGCUAAAUUCAAAAGGAAGACUCUGGCGUGUGUUCAAGCCAGGUUGUGAAUUCAUAAAACUCUGAAGUCAAGCAAAGGCUGCAAAGGAUUGGAUUUAUUUACCUGAUGCCAUAGGAUGGGAUAUCAGUUUAGUCGACAGUUGGGUGGCCAUACCAGGCAGCAAGUCGGUAUGCCAAGUUCAACGCCUUAGGGUCAGCUCACACAACCAAAGUCCCAAAUCCAAAGGUCAGGAGACAAGGUUCAUGGUCAAGCCAAGUCCAAAGUCCAGUAGUCAGAAUACAAUACAGAGUCAAACCUGAAGCUCAGUCCUGUGGCGGUCCAGAAACACCCAAAUCAAGGCCCAUCAACAUGGGCAGCUGAGAAAAAACAGCCCCUCAGCUCUGCUUCCCUUUUGUAAUUUCCAUGCUGAUUGCAGCAUCUGGGAUUGAUGAGGCAGGUGACCCUCACCUGCUCCAAGCCUACUCCAGCUGAGCAAUCACACCCCGUCCUCCCAGAGCUAGUGAGCCCCACCAGGUCAAGUAGGGAGCUGGGCUGUGGACCCUUGCCUGUCUCAGCCUCCUAGGGUGCCACUCCCGCUGCUCCCUACACCUCAGAGCCUGCUGUAUUCAUGGGGAUAGGAGCCCCUCUGGCUCUGGUAAUGGGUCUUGCUGCUCUGGUUCCUGUGCAUUGACGUUCACCCCCUCCCCAUUGUCUGCUCUUACAAUUUAAAGAAGGAUCAUCAUCUUCACAGAACAGUGCACUUUGGCCAUUUGUUUUCCAUCGCCUCAUUCUCUGUUUUGCAUACUGAUUUUUCUCCUUUUCCAUUUGCUAUAGUGAGGGCUUCUCUGGUUUGUUCUUAGGGAACUGUUUAGGGAAGCUUUUAAUGUUUAACAGAGUAUUGUAUUUUAAUAUUUUGUUGGAAGCUGCACAGAGUGGCUGGGGAAACCCAGCCAGAUGGGCGGGGUAUAAAUAAUAAAUUAUUAUUAUUAUCAUUAUUAUUAGGUUCUAGCAAUGUCCAUCCAGCUUACUCCUCAGUAGCAGCUGUAGCAUCAAGUAAGUACAGAGGCAGUGCAUUGUCAUACCAGGACUGCAAUCCUGGGCAGCCCAUGGAAAUUAGUGGGCUUAUGUCUGAUUACACACCAUGGGAAUGUCUUUAAAUGGCCAUUGUUUUAUCUUUUUCACUAAGGAAAAAGUAGCUUAACUUCAAUAAUCCCUGUUUUAUAAGAUGUUCUCCAUACCUUCCAUCCAUGCCAUAGAACUACAGUUCCCAAGGUUCCCUGGAAAAAGAUAAUGACUGUUCAACUAGUUUGAAUCUUUCUUGUGACUAGACCCGUCUCUACAUAACAGGGGUGGGGAACUUUUUUGGACUUCCACAUGCUGUUGGAGUCCAGCUGCUAUUAAGCCACACUUGCUGGGACUGAUGGGAGUUGGAGUCAAACAUCUGGAGGGGCACAAGUUCCCCAUUCCUGCUAAGUAAUAUAUCUCUCUCUGUAAUUAUUGUUUCAUAAAUCCUAUAUUUAAUCUCAGUUGGUAGAGCCUGAGAAUCUUAAUCUCAGGGUUCUGGGUUCUGAGCACAAUUCAAAGUGUUGAUGCUGACCUUUAAAGCCUUAAACCAGGCAUAGGCAAACUCAGCCCUCCAGAUGUUUUGGGAGUACAACUCCCAUGAUUCCUAGCUAACAGGACCAGUGGUCAGGGAUGGUGGGAAUUGUAGUCCCAAAACAUCUGGAGGACCGAGUUUGCCUAUGCCUGCCCUAAACAGCCUCAGCCCAAUAUACCUCAAGGAGUGUCUCCACCCCAAUCGUUCUACCUGGACACUGAGGUCCAGCGCUGAGGGCCUUCUGGCGGUUCCCUCACUACGAGAAGUGAAGUUACAGGGAACCAGGCAGAGGGCCUUCUCGGUAGUGGCGCCCGCUCUGUGGAAUGCCCUCCCACCAGAUGUCAAAGAGAUAAACAACUAUAUGAUAUUUAGAAGACAUCUGAAGGCAGCCCUGUUUAGGGAAAUUUAGAAUGAUUGAUGUUUUAAUGUAUUUUUAAUCUUUUGUUGGAAGCCGCCCAGAGUGGCUGGGGAAAGCCAGCCAGAUGGGUGGGGUAGAAAUAAAUUAUUAUUAUUAUUAUUUUGGGUUUGAGUCUCACAUUGGGCAAAAGAUUCUUGCAUUGCAAGGGGUUGGACUAGAUGACCUGUGUGCUUCUAUGUUAAAAACUAAAGGAUUAGGACAACAGUCUCUUACCUCCUACAGCUAUAAAAUUAUCACUUUUAAAAAGAAAUGUCUUUUAAAAAUAGUUUUGGGGACUGCAAAUAAAAUUUUCUGUUUUAAUGCAUAUUUUAGGGCAGGUUCAAGCUGUACAAGGAAGAACCCAGAAUCAAGGUAUGUCCUAACUUAAAUGAAUAUAUAUUUUCUUCAUUUAAGCUAAGUUUAGUUUAAAGUAAUCAUAUUUACUAAUUACAAUUUAUGUUCAAGUUUAUGUGUUGACCAGUAAAAUAUUUUUAAAGCAUUCAGAGGCAGUUCCAGCCAUGCAAGUAACAGAAAUAUCGCUCGACCUAAUACAGGUAAAACCUUCAUAUGAUUUUUAAAAUGUUAUAAAAAGCAGCAACCAGAGCCCACUCUUAAAGACGUUCACUUGGAAGUAAGUUUCCCUGAGUUACCUACAAUUACUACUUAGGAAAUACACCUAAGAAAUACUGGAUACAAUUUAGCCCGAGUUAAAAAUUUUAAUUCCUUGUUAUUUCAGUAGAUUCUACUGUAGAAUUCAGUAGAUUCUUUUUAUUUUAAAUGCCAGCGAUUUCAUAUGAAAUCGCUGGCAUUUAAAAUAAAAAGAUUUGGUUGGAUUGCAGCCAUUUUGAUUUUGCACCAUUUUUGUAUUAUUAUUUAUUAAAUUUAUAUACCCCCCUAUACCCACAGGCCUGUAGUGGUCUGCUAAAAUGGUAAAGGUAAAGGGACCCCUGAUCAUUAGGUCCAGUCGUGACCGACUCUGGGGUUGCGGCGCUCAUCUCGCUUUAUUAGCCAGUCAUGUGGCCAGCAUGACUAAGCCACUUCUGGCAAACCAGGGUAGCACACAGAAACGCCGUUUACCUUCCCGCCGGAGUGGUACCUAUUUAUCUACUUGCACUUUGACGUGCUUUCGAACUACUAGGUUAGCAGGAGCAGGGACCGAGCAAUGGGAGCUCACCCUGUCGCGGGGAUUAGAACCGCCAAUCUUCUGAUCAGCAAGUCCUAGGCUCUGUGGUUUAACCCACAGCGCCACCCGCGUGCUACUUAUCCUCUAAAGUUCAAACUACUUGAGUCAAGUUAUUUUGUAGGAGUUGAAAUCCAUAACCCAUUAACAUCACCAGAGCAGUUCUAAUAAAAUGAACAGGACUGACCUGAUUAAAUCAUGUAUAGCUUGCAACCCAAGCCCAGGAGAGGUCAGUUGACUUCUGUGUGACAUUAUGAUAGCAUUUCAGGCUGUAAAUGCUGAGGACCAGAGUGCCCAUCCUAAUAAUAUUUGCUGAAGCUAAACUGUCUUGAUGUACAGGGAAGUCCCUAUUAAUACUACCCCCAUUUUAAAACUGGUGAAAUAGACUCACCGGAAUUAUGCCUCUGUGUAUUAAAGUUGACCCUUUUGACAAACCACACAGGUCUUCAAAGGCAAGAGCCGAUUGUCUCAUUCCGGAAACCUUCCACCUCUCCUGCCAAUCUAGGUAAGUUUCCCCAUAAACCAAGGCAGAUUUUGACAGGAUUUGUCACCUAGAUUUCUCUGGGCUUGUUAGUCUGAACCAGAAGCACUACUUCCUCUCACCUCAUAUGCAAAAAAUCUAUUGUUUUCAACAGAGCAGUGCUUGAGUCAUCUGAGUAUUCUUUUACAUCCAGUUCCCUAUGUCUGGUGCUCAUGAUACCAACCAACAAUUUGCUUCCUUUCAGGCAGUUUCCUAUAUAUGCAGAAUAAACUUUAGUCUUGAUUAAAGUAUUGUUCGUAAGGGCCUGGUGUUCCAUUGCAGAUCUGUACUGCAACAUAUUCUUGACAUGAUCAUAGUGCAUUAGCAGUGGGUUUAUCCUGCUUUGGUUUGUUCUGCAGCGUUUCCCAAAGCUAUCUAUCACAUUAUUGCUAUCUGGAGGGGCCAUAUUGCAAUAAAAGCAAAAGCAAAAAUAAAUCAGAACAUUUCUGGUUUAAAAUGCUAUGGGAUUUCAUCAGGAAGUGGCAGGAUAUGCGGUUAUUGGAAACAAAGCAAAACAAAAACAAAAACAAACAAAACCAACCUUUGCAGAUGCAAACAGUAUUGAAAAGGAGGUCACAUAUGACUGCCCCAAUAGCAUCAUGAGCACAAAUCACCCAUCUCACAUCACAGUAUCUGCCCAAACACUGGAAAUUGAGGCUGACAAAAAACAACACAAAAGGCAAUUUCCAUAGUGCAUCAGCCCCUUCUUUGAGAAACAAUCAUUAAAAGAAAUGGGACAAGCCAAAGACCCAGGAAACAGCUGGCUUGUCACUUUUUUGUUGUUGGAACAAACAGUAUGAAGAAAGCCACAUAAGUACCCUCCUCAAAAGUUCAUGUCAAAACUAAAAAAAAAUUUCAUUUGUUUCUGGCACAGAAUGUCUCUUAACUUAAUAUUUCACUUAAGGAAGGAUCUGUCAUAUCCAUGUCAUGCUCUAUUUAUUCUGCUUCUUACAUAUACUUCUGCUUAUUCUCACAUAUACUUCAUUUUACAAAGGGUCUCGCCUAAAGGAACAGCAUUUGUUCUGUUAACUUCAGGUUGGUUUGGUUUAGUGGUUUGCUUUUGUUUCUUUUACUUUUAAGUAAUUACUGUUUUUCCCUCUUGUGUGUGGAAGCUAUAGAAACAGACUUGUGGAAACUGGGAUCAAGCCUUUUUGACACAGGUAGUAUUACGCAAUGUUUUCUAAUCACCAACUCUGUCAUUUUAAGGCUUUCGAUUGGAGCUGCACCUUUACCUGCCUCACACCAGACGUAGGUGGGUGUGGCUUGGAAGAAACAGCCUCAUAGGCCAAAUAAGCACCCCUAAUUGCAAGGCCUAAUUAAGUCCACAGACUAGAAGCUCCCCCACUUGCUGCUUUAGGAAGAAAUUACAAGGCCCUUUUUACAUGAGAAGCAUUUGCAUGCUAUAUGCAAGAAAUCUACCUGUAUGAUCAUCACACACAUUAUAAACUUCCACAGAACUGUUGUGAACAGUGGCUAUCCUGAGUAUGAAUUGGGCAAAUCCACACUUACUUUUUGCCCUGGGCUUUCGAGGCACAGGUCUGCACUUCAAAGCUAUGUGUCCAAGCACUCUUUCUUUUGCAAUUCAGUUUGGGUUUCUAAUGGAUUGGUAUUUGUGCCAAUCCAAUGGUGAGGAGUGGGUUUUUGCGGGGAAAGCUCCAGAGCAAAAAACAGAGCCACUCCGACAUGGAGCUUUAAAGCAUGGACCAUGCCUGGAAAGUGUGGAGGAAAGGGUGGACAAGCCCUGACAGGAGCAAAUGUAAUGUAGGAAAAGAAAAUUGCAUUAUUAUUAUUAUUAUUAUUAUUAUUAUUAUUAUUAUUUAUACCCCGCCCUCCUCAGCCGAGGCCAGGCUCAGGGCGGCUAACACCAAAUAUAUAAUACAUUCAAAACACAAAAUCAAACGAUUAGUUUAAAAUACAAUUUGAAUGGCAUUUAAAAUCAAAAUAAAAUUAAGUGGGAACCCAUGAAUCAUAACCAUAGGGGUAAGGAAUUAAAAGCUCACCAGACCCAGCCACUCGUGCUGGUCCCAUAUGGGCCAACUGAAAGAGCCAAGGAGGCCACUUACAUACAGGGUCCUAUAGAAAGAAGGGAGUCAGACUGGGCCCGGACCAAAGGCCUGGCGGAACAGCUCCAUCUUGCAGGCCCUGCGGAAAGAUGUCAAAUCCCGCAGGUCCCUGGUCUCUUGCGACAUAGCAUUCCACCAGACUGGGGCCAGGGCUGAAAAGGCUCUGGCCCUGGUUCCAGGCCAGUCUAACUUCCUUGAGGCCCGGGACCUCCAAAGUAUUAUUGUUUGUGGACCUUAAGGUCCUCCGCAGGGCGUACCAGGAGAGGCCUAUAUUAAGCUAUGGCAAGAUAUGCAAUUUGUUUUCAUAUUUAGGUCUGCAUGUGUGUGCUAUAAAAUGAAGCCUUUCUAAAAAUCAGAAAGCAGAGAGUCACAGCUGAAACGUGAGGUUGGAAUGAUGAAUCUGCAGAUGAGGGGUCAACGUUAUGGAGGAUCCUGCCAUACAUGAAACAGAAAGGGAUUUUAACUUAAUCCGCCCAAAAGCAGAUUCAUCACAUGAAUCUUGCCGGUUGUGUAAGUCAUUAUGUUGCAGUUACUGAGUACAUGUGCUUGUGAACACACCCCUAGUCCUAUUCCAUAAUGUUUUAGCUAUGCUUUGCCCUUUCUUGUUUGCUAAAGUGGGAGAGUUGUGUGAGGAUGGGCUUGCAUAGGCGAUGCAUCCAUAUGCACAGGUCAGAACAGCCAAAAGGUUUACAUUUCCAAAUUGAAUCUCAGCACAUGUAUCAGGAUGUUAAGAGAUUACCAUCAACAGAAAGUAAAAACACUCUAAAUGUUCAGGUGGAUGUCUGGAUACCUAUUUGCAGGCAAGAUUAUUCAUCACACAGCUUGAGGUGAGAAAAGGGAAAUUUUCCAAGGGACCAGAAUACAAUAAAAAAUUAGCUCAGUGAUGAAGUUUGAUGCAUGCUGAUUAUCACUUCAAAGAGAAUUAUUUUUAGUUUGUAUGUGACAAGUAUUGCCUGAGUGGAGAUUUAAUGAGCCUGGACAGCUGUGACAACUCAGUGGUGAAAAAGCUUAAUUGGCUUGCAGUGAAGCACCAAGGCACAGUGAGGGAAUAUUCCCAGGACUGACAAUAGAGUCUUCAAGCCAGCCUGGGAACCUAGAAGGGCUCACUAGAAAGGGCUGCCUUUUCAAUGUAUUGCCUUUUCUCAGUGAUACAUGAUGGGUGGCAUUUUUAUUAAAAAGAACUAUAUAAUUAUCUAAUUGCAGUCAAGCAGUGGCCUGAAAGCCAGGCUGCAAAGGAAAGACCUCCCUCUACAGCCUCAGCCUAAACUCAAACAAUGGCUGCGGCUGCAAAGUCAGAAUGAGAAUGCUCUCCCGACUCUUUUCCAGCUGUGAAUCGGCACCAAAUUCAAAAAGCACCAGACCAGCCACGAAAAGGAAGAAUUAGGAGUGCAGUUAGAACACACUCUCAGUGCUUUCUUUUCAGUUUUAUCUUGUGAAUUUACCUGUCCAUGACACCUGGUGAUGGAUGGGGAGGGUAAAGGGCACGGAUUGAGCCAAGCCAUACUGUGAGGUGAAGAUUUCCUACUGCUGAUCUAAUUUUCAGCUUUCUAGAGGUGUAAAGUUCAAAUAAAGAUAAACACCACAUGGACCAUGUUGUUCAUGUUUCAAAAUGAAAUUGUUGUGGGGUAAAUUCCAUGUAGGAUGACACAGUGCAUAAACACAGUCUAAUGUGUGGAACAGAGCCUUGUUAGCCCCAUUUUGUGGUAUGCCCCUUGUUAGCCCCAUUUUGUGGUAUGCCCCAAAGUGCAAGAAUACCUGGUGAUAAUUUACAGUUCAUUGUGGCGAGACAAGAAUUUACAGUUCAUUGUGGCGAGACAAGAACUCCUUUCUAUGUUUCCUCAUGGCACAUGUAAUUAUCCCACCUCUUAUAUCAGCAAGUAGGGCUGUGAAUUUUAAUCAGUAGGUGAAUGAACCACACAUAUAACAGCCUAACAUCCAUGAAUUCUGAAGUCAAAAAAGCUAGUAGCUACCACUAUAUCUCAGAUGUAUGUGGUACAUAUUUUAUUAUUUAUAACCUGCCCAUCUGGUUGGGUUUCCUCAGCCACUCUGGGUGGUUCACAGCACAUGUCAGAACAUACUAAAACAUCAAACAUUUAAAACUUCCCAAUACAGGGCUGCCUUCAGAUGUCUUCUAAAAGUCAAAUAGUUGUUUGUUUCCUUGACAUCUGAAGGGAAGGUUUUCCACAGGGAGGGCUCCACUAUUGAGAAGGCCCUCAAAAAUAUGCCCAUGAGUCAUCAUCUCAUGCGCUUUGCAUUUAAUAACCGACUGUGUCAUUAUUGAUCAUUCCAGGUUUCAGUUCCAAGGAAGACGUGGUCCCCAAACCCCUGGAACCAGUUUCACAGGGAAACCCAAGUAUGUGCACCAGCCAAGUAUUGGCACCUGAGAGUCUGCCCUUUUAAAGCUUCAGCCAUUGGGAGAAAGGGAGAGCCUUCUUAGAGGUCUUCCCCAUUGUGAUUUCUGGGAGAAGGGAAAGAAUGGAUGUAUCAGGGUUCAAAGAUGUCAUGCAGGUUGCAGUGGAAUCCACAUUUUGCUAAUGAGCUUAUUUUUUGCUGAAUCCAUUCCUAAGUUAGCUGAAGAGAAAUCACCCAGGACUAGUUAUUGGUUUUUACUGCUGCAGACUGAGCUGCUGUUUAACCUAGCUGUGAUUUUCAAGAUACCGUAUUUUUCGCUCUAUAAAACGCACCAGACCACAAGACACACCUAGUUUUUGGAGGAGGAAAACAAGAAAAAAAAUAUUCUGAAUCUCAGAAGCCAGAAGAGCAAGAGGGAUCGCUGCGCAGCAAAAGCAGCAAUCCCUCUUGCUGUUCUGGCUUCUGGGAUAGCUGCGCAGCCUGCAUUCGCUCCAUAAGACGCACACACAUUUCCCCUUACUUUUUAGGAGGGGAAAAGGGAUUCUUAUAGAGCAAAAAAUAUGGUAAUAUAAACUGGAUGUUUGAGGCACACAUUUGCAAGAGCUGCAAAAUUUUGCCUAAAAAUUCAGUGAAGCAGCCCAGGGUGUUACUCCUCUCAGCCCCAGACAGCAUGCUCAACGGGCAACCCACCCUUUUAGCUAGAGGGUUUUAGUCCUGGAGCAUAGGUAGGCAAACUAAGGCCUGGGGGCCAGAUCCGGCCCAAUCGCUUUCUAAAUCUGACCUGCAGACAGUCCGGGAAUCAGCGUGUUUUUACAUGAGUAGAAUUUGUGUUUUUAUUUAAAAUGCAUCUCUGGGUUAUUUGUGGAGCAUAGGAAUUCGUUCUCCCUCCCCCCAAAAAAUAUAGUCGCCCCCCCCCACAAGGUCUGAGGGACAGUGGACCGGCCCCCUGCUGAAAAAGUUUGCUGACCCCUGAUCAAGUGGAUCACUGGUCACCUAUCCUUGGUCUGUUGCCAUGGUAAAACCAUCAGGGGCUUCCUGAGCAGUCAUUAUAUAUAUAUAUCUGAUUAUACAGUAAGGUUUCUUUUUUCUGACCCAAUAUAGAAUUCUAUUUAAAGUGACACUUUAUCCUAACUUAGGGGUUGAACUGCUAUGUUGUUGGACUGCAGUUCCAGUAUCCAUAAACAUUGAUUAUGCUGGUUGGAGCUGAUGCGAUUUGGAGUUCAGCAUCUGGAGGGCCGCAGAUUCCCCAUUCCUGUCUUAAAGUACAAACACAAUUGGAGAAAAUGCUACCUGGUAUAGGGAAGCGUGGAGGUUUUUCUGCCAGGCAAAUCAGAAUGCAAAGGUAGUGGGUGGGUGGGUUUGCAAAACAAUAUCAUAAGAACAGUGCCAUUUUACUAGAAAGAGAGGUGCCGGAACUCACUAUGAAUGCCUCCCUCAUUGUCUUAGAAUGGCAAUGGCAUCCACUUGAGAGGUGCCAGAACUGAGUUCUCCAUGAGACCAAUGGUCCAGCAUCCUGUUCUCACAGUGGCCAACUAGAUGCCCAUGGGAAGCUCACAAGUAGGACUCAAGCACAGGAGCACUCUACCUGCAACUGAUAGUCAGAAGCACACAACUCCAGCUGUGGAGGCAGAACAUAGCCAUCAUGGGCCACAAGCCUGUUUAUCCUCUCUCCCUGCCCCAGAGGCAUUAAUUUCAUUCUCAAAACGUGCCCUCCUAAUUCUUGCUCUUAAUGCCAUCAAUAUCAAUCUUAGAUUAUGGCUACUCAGGGACAAAAUUUAUGAAUCACCUUUAAAUAGCUGCAGGAAAGUGCUAAUUUUCCUCCUAAAAUAGCAAGGUGGGUGUAUCUGCCUCACCAGGUUUUAUCACAGUUCUCCGCAAAUAAUUGCUGGAUUUUGUCAGGGGUUUAUGCUUCUGGAGCCAAUCUUGUAAUGAAAGGAAUGCCAUGCAGGAGCCAGGAACAAUCUCAGCACACAGUACAAAUCCUGAUUCGGAGUAAGUAAGUUGGAACGCACUCGGAACAAGAUUACUCACAUGGGGAAUCUUUGCAAGCCUGGCACCUCUUAAGUGAAAUAUACCUUUAUUGGCACACCUGUCUUGGUGGGAGCAGUUUCAAAGAAAACCAUACAAGAAGCCUGACUAGGAACAAAAACCAUUAAUUGCCAUUUAAGCUUAUCCAAAUGUUGAUCCCUUUCAAGGAAACGAGUAUUUUCUCAGCAGCUUAGAGCAAAAGAAGAAUAGACUGCUAUUUCUUGAAGACACUCCUUGCAGGUCAGAAUGAAUAAAUUUGGUUACUUAAAAAAAGAAAUAGAGAGAAGAGGUUGCUUUAGCUUUGGGUGUUUGUCUACUGUUCUGUGAGCCAAAAUAGCAAGAUGAGUGAGGACACGUGCAUUUAAAAGACUACAAUCAAGUUUUUAAAUAUCUAGACUGGAGAGGCAGAUCUGAAAGCCACAAAGGAGAUUAUCAUUCUUUGAAUUACUUCCAUGUCUGGCAAAAUAGCAAUUCCCACUUCAAUAAAGAAGGAAUUUUUUUGUUCCAGCACUAAUUAAAGAACACUUUUUGUAUGGGGGGGUUGGUUUUUUGUUUUCAAAUAGCUAUACAAGUCAGAAUGCAGGAAUGGAGAAUACAACCACAAUGCACACUGAAAUGCAGGAAGGAAAGAGAGGCACUCAGUGUGGUAAAACUUUCAUGCGGUAAGACUGCUGCUGGACCGUACCACUUCAGACUUGGUGAGAGGGGGGUAGAACAGUGCUCCUUCCUAUAAAGCACACAGUGCAUAUAGAAAAUUAGCAGAGAAGAGAAAAUUCUUCUGUUGCUAACUCGCAAUAUACUCAUCUUAUAGGCGCAAGGAAAAUGUUGUUUAUUAGUUUGGGUUCGUUCUGUGGAGACAACUAAUUAUUCAACCUCACACCACCAUCCUGAAGUUGCUCAGUCCGCAUGAGUCACAUAUAAAUAACUGCUUGUCUAAAGUGCCUCUGAAGUCCAAGUCUUGCAAAGUUGUCAAAUCUUAUACAAUCAUUUAAUGACAUGAUUUGAAUAUGACUGCUCCUGAUGUAUUCAAAUAGCCCACAUGAAGCUCAACCCUCUUAUACAUCUUCUGAGAAGUUGGCCUCAUUAGAUUCAAAUGGGAUUUAGUCCCAGGUAAGUGUGCAUAAUACAACUGUAUCCUUAGUGUAUGUGGGAACUCCUAAAAGUGCCUUCUGAGCUAACCUUUCCUUUCAAAGGUCUGUGUGUUUUCAAGGUGGCCUGUAUCAGCUGAUCUAGUAGAAGUAGAAGGAAGAAUCAUAGAAUUAUAGAGUUGGAAGGAACCCUGAGGGUCAUCUAGCCCAACUCCUUGCAAUGCAGGAAUAUUGCCGUUGUCCCAUAUACGGAUCAAACCUGCAACCUUGGCAGAUUGGGAACCAUUGGUAGAUAUGGAUGCAGUCUGCAGUAGAUCAUCAAGGGUUUCUGACUUCUGAUUGUCAAACCAUAGCAACAGCCAAAGAACUUUCCCCACCUAGAUUAGCCUGCUGAAAUGAGGUGGACCAGGAGAAGAGAACUUUUGGGUUUAAGGACUGUAAACUUGGUUCAGUUCUGGUAAUAAAAACACAUUUCAAAGCUCAGACUGUGCUCCAAGGCACCAUGUUCAUUAAUCGUGCAUAUCUUUAUACUAAAUUCUGGUUGGUAAAAGUUUGGGGGGGGUUGUGGGGGGAAGAAAAGUAGAUUAAACAAUCCUGAAGUUUGCCCAGCUCUGUGGAUGGAACGUUUACAGAAACAGAAUUCUUUCUGAACAGAAACAGAAACACUAGUUCUUCUCUACUUGCCAAGUAGGGUUAUUGUUAUCUAUGUCAAGUAAAGCUUUGUAAUCUUUGGUAAAUUCUGUGAAUGAUUGAGCACAUGCUCUGUUAUCAUGGUUUGAGGUGUGUUUUUGUACUCAUGCAGGAAAAACACAAAAUAUAUGCAAAAGGAACUCCACAGUUAACUGUAAUCUAUUCUUUUUUCAGAUUGCAAAGUUGAUUUAUCCUUCUUGAUAGAUGGCAGCUGGAGCAUUGGCAAGCGCCGCUUUCAGAUCCAAAAACAGUUCCUCAAAAAUGUUGCUCAAGCCCUGGAUGUGGGCCCAGCUGGUCCUCUUAUGGGCAUCAUCCAGUAUGGGUAAGAGAGUAUGAUGCAUUUUCAUAACAUCUGUGCUGUCUGACAUCCAUCACCAUGUCUGUGGCAACACCACAGGAACUUCUUGUGGCAAACUACUUAAUACACUUUUUUUUUGUUCUACAAAUUGAAGCAGAUAUGUAUCUCACAUUGCUAGACUGCACCAGCACUGCAUCAUAAAAGUCAUAUAUCUUAAGUUAGGACCUUGUUAACUUAUUUGAUAUAACCAACCAUGGUCAAAAUCCAGUCUUAAUCUCCAUUGUCAGAAAAAGAUUUCCAAAUACAGAGAUUCUUGAUUGUUCCACAACCUUUCUGCAGAUCACUUGAAUGGAGUGUAUAGACCACAACUUGAGAACCUCUCUAAUAGCCCAUACUUCAGGGAUUAUGUGAGUCCAACAACACUGGGGGAGACCGCAGGUUCCUCACCCCUCACCCAUCAAGGGCAGUUGCCCCACCUACAAACAUUUUUUUUGUCAAAUAAUUGAUUUUUAAAAAGCAGCCACGAAUGUAAGUUUCACAUAUGACAUGUUUACACAUUUCUAUGAAAACACAGGAAAUAUUCAUGCAAAAUUACUAUAAAUUACAACUAGUAUUAUUAAUGUGUUAAUAGUUAAUGCCAUAUUGUGUAUGAACGUAUUUUCCUGGGGAUAACACAAAACGAAACUGCUCCAUUUUCAUUUUACAAAUAGUGAUGACCCUUCAACUGAAUUUAACUUGAAGACUUAUACAAACUCUAAGGAUCUGCAAAAUGCCAUAGAGAAAAUACUACAGAAAGGAGGAUUGUCCAAUGUUGGUAUGUAUCCUGCACAAUACAUCCACAGCUAAUCAGUUUAAGAAUCAAAAGAUGUUGGUAUGCUAGAUGUUCUAGGCAGAUUGAGGUCAAGACCACAAACUGUCCUCACUCAUUUCUGGUUCCUCUUCCCUUAGUUUGGAAAAUACUUUGUCUUCCAGAGAAUCAGGAUUUAAUAUCUGAAAGUUUUCUCUGAAUAGCUUGUCUCUUUCACAGUGCAAAUAUAGCACAUUGGUGAGACACCAACCACCAUAGAGUUCCAAACAGAAAUUAAAAUAAUUAAUACCUUAGUCACUGCUUUUUUUUCUAAAAAAAUGUUUAGGGGUACUACCAUUUUCCUACUCAUAUUGAAAUACUGCCCAUCAUUGAAGCCAAACUUAGAUUCACAAAAUGUUUAGGGGUAUGUGUACCCCUGCUCCCCCCCCCCUCCGAAAAAAGCACUGACUUUAGUUCAGUAUCCCUUAUUGCAAAUCUAUUCCCUCUUUCGGCUUUUAAAACAUAUCAGGCAGAAGUUAGAGACACAUUUGACCAACCAAGCAAGGAAGGAAGACACACACAUAUACGAAGAUUCCACGGCCGGUUCCGUUAUUGGACGAGGGAUCGCAUGCAGAUGUGGGAUGUGAAUGCACAAAUGAGAUUUGCAUCAGCUUUGUUAUGCACAUUUGGAUAUGAGGCAACCCUUUGACAUCACGUGGCUCUGGUGGGGGCAUAUAUGUCCAUUUCCAUGCGGAUAGAAAAAUGUAUCUUCAACCAGCAACUUAGAUUGAAUGUGCUUUUUUGCCUGUAACUAGAUCUGGGCCACUGAUGAUUUGAGAGAAUCCUCAAAUUGUUGUUGCUCCUGUCCUCAAUUUUAUAGUUUCUGUUGUUAGUUAUAGACAAUAAUAGGCAAAACAAUAAUACAAAUGGCAAGGAGCUCAGGUUCUAAGAGAUUUUAAUGUUCCUUUUCAUUGUUUUGCUCAGCAAGUUACAACUCUUACUUCCCUCCACCCCCCAUCUUCAUGCAGGGAGAGCGCUGUCCUUUGUUAACAAAAACUUCUUUGAGGAUGCUAAUGGGAACAGAGGUAGUGCACCCAAUGUUGCUAUAGUGAUGGUGGAUGGGUGGCCUACAGAUAAAGUGGAAGAGGCCUCUCGGCUGGCAAGGGAAUCUGGCAUCAACAUUUUCUUUGUCACCAUUGAAGGACCAGAUGAAAAUGAAAAGCAGAAUGUUAUUGAAACAAACUUUGUGGACAAGGUAAGGGGUACACUGGGAUCCAUCAAGAAAGAGGCAAGAUUUCUUGAUUCUGAUGAAAGGUGGGAUCCGAACUCUUCAUCACAUGUAGGCGAGUCAAUAUAAAGUGAGACAUCCUUGCCUAGUCAAAAACCCACAAGUGUGAGUGAGCAAACUGGCUACCACUCUGUUCCAACAACGUCCAGCUAUAGCUAUAUAGUUCUCUCUUUGAAAUAUUCACAUGCUACAAUAGUCACUAUAUUGAGACUCAAUAUGGCAAAGUUUUACAAGAUCCCCGGUAUAAACAGGAUGCAUCUAUGUACGCUUAGUUCUUCAGUGGAGUCACACAGGGCAGAUUAUGAAGGUUCAGCAAGUGGGACUGCAAGACUCAAGCAAUCAACUCACUUCAAAGCCUCAAUCAAGUUGUGUAGUGUUAGAUCAUGUUUACUGAACGCUGUGUACUCUUGCCUCCAGUUUUCCUCCAAAACACACAAAAGUUCUGGAUACACUUCAGUUAGAACUCAUUCUCACAAGCUAUGUAGUAUAGGUCAGGUACUCAUGACAAAAUGCCUCUUCAACUGAGUGGUGUUAGUCUGGCAUGUAUGUAGUCUUUCCUGGAAGGUUGGCAAAUGAGCCCAAGCUCAGGAAGCAAAAUGGACUUUGAGAACUGUCCUUCAGAAUACAUCUAUUUUCCCCCUCCCUCUGGACACCCUUUCAGAUAAUUUUGUGCACUUUCCACUGUGUCUGUGCCAUGAAAUACAUUUCCUAUGAACUUCAAAGCCCCUUAAUGCCUUCAACCUGGGAAGCCUCCAGACUGAAUUGCACUGGCUGAUGGUCUUGAUUUCCUUUAGGUUUGAAUGGGGGAAGAGCCACAGUAAGCCUCUGUGCACUUGCCAGACUGGGAAAGUAGAAUGAGGCAAGAAGCCCUGUGUUCAUACAUAGUGACUUAAUGGUAGCUGUAUCUUAGAAAAUGGAAAUAACUUUAAGACAUGAGAGCAAACACGUCUGCAAUGAAUGUUAAGCCUGUUGACAGAAGUAGAGUCAAUUCAGAUGCUAGUUUUGCAAUGUGGCAGGUACUUGAGUAACAAGUAUAGACCAUUUAGCUGCCUUUAAGCUGGAUGUAGACCUCAACAUCUAAGAAACGAUAAGGGCGGGUAUUAUUCAGCUGUGUUUUCUACCAGUUUGAUGCAAUACCAGUUUGUCUCAUAAAAACAUUUCAUACAUAGGGACAGAGCUGUCGUAAGGUGAAAUCAAUGACUGACAGUAAUAAGUUGCCUCCAUGAAUUUUGCUGUAACUGCUCUUGAAAUUCAUUGCUUUUGUUUUCUCUCUUUCAGGCUGUGUGCAGGACCAAUGGGUACUAUUCCAUCAAUGUGCCCAGUUGGUUCAGCUUACACAAAGUAGUGCAGCAGUUAGUGAAGCGAGUCUGUGACUCUGAUCGCCUGGCAUGCAGCAAGACCUGUCUCAAUGCAGCGGAUAUUGGAUUUGUCAUUGACGGGUCCAGCAGCGUUGGCACUGGCAACUUCCGCACCCUCCUCCAGUUUGUCGCUAACAUCAGCAAGGAAUUCGAGAUUUCCGAUACAGACACACGCAUUGGAGCUGUGCAGUACACCUACGAACAGAGGCUGGAGUUUGGCUUUGACAAGCACAGAACGAAGCAGGAUGUCCUAAACGCUAUCAAGAGAAUCAACUAUUGGAGCGGAGGAACCAGCACCGGAGCAGCCAUCAACUAUGCCUUUGAACAGCUCUUCAGCAAAUCCAAACCAAACAAGAGGAAGAUAAUGAUUCUUAUUACAGAUGGCAGAUCAUACGAUGAUGUCCGGGGGCCGGCUGCAGCGGCACAUCAGAAUGGUAAGCCAGAAGACCCUAUAAACACCUAUUUUAGGGGUAGGCAACCUGUAGCCCUCCAGAUGUCACAGAACUACAGCUCCCAUCAUUCCCGACCAUAGCUUAUACUGGCUGGAGGUGAUAGGAUUUGGAGUCCUGCAACAUCUGGAAAGCACUGAAGAACAGAAGAGUCCUGUUCCAUCAGACCAAGGCCCAUCUAUGCCAGAACCCCUCAUUUAUUUUUAAAGAAGCUUUGCAUAAAGCACUCAAACAAUGGGGCUCUGGAUCUAGAAUAUGGCAUCUAAGUUUUGCAAGCCAGAAGUCCAAGUUUGGCAUAAUAAUUAAAAAAAAGUAGUGUAUUUGUAUAUUCUUGGUGAACAUUAAGCCCUUCAGUUUUUGAAACACGGGAAGGACACGUAUGAGUCAUUCAACAAGACAAUAGGGAAUGGGGAACAACAAGCCUGGGGAUUGGAAUGCCUCAUUUAUUUAAGUUUAAACACCUCACCACUUCUGAUAAUAUUUUUGGGCCCUUAUACGGAUAUUACUUUGAAUGCAAUAUUGUUUCAAAUAAGGCAUUAACCUCAUUAUGUACUCAUGUUUCUCACUUCAGGAGUCAUAGCCUAUUCAGUCGGAAUUGCAUGGGCUGCCCAAGAUGAGCUGGAAGCCAUUGCUACUGACCCCGACAAAGAACACUCCUUCUUUGUGGACGAGUUUGACAGCCUCUACAGAUUUGUUCCUAGGAUCAUCCAGAAUAUUUGUACCGAGUUUAAUUCGCAACCACGGAACUGAAAUCAGCAGCAGGCUCCAGGAAACACUGCAUCACUACAUGAGAAAAUGUUUGGCAAGCAAUGCCAGCCAGGAGGCUCAAAGGCAUCUGUGGCUAAGAGCCAAUGUCAACUCUAUUCUCCAUGCAUGGCAAUAAUGGGUGUAGACUGAUCAAUCUCCUUCCCCCCACCCUUGCUGGUUUCAAAACUGAUUCAGUAGAGGAGCCGGCUACAGUCCUUGGUUAGAUAAUUCACUUGACUCAAAUCUAUAGUUUGGAGUUAACUUCCACAUAGAAUAGGAGACUAAUAGGUCUAAGGCUGUAACCCAGAUGAAGUGGACUUAGUGGGCAUGCCAGAGAUGGCAUUUGUUGGGUACCACCCCAUUUCAACUCUCCAGUGAUGCAGAAUGGCUAACCAACAGCUGGCUUUAAAAUAUUACAUGGCGCUUUGGAACCCGGCCUUUAAUUAAGAGUUGUUGGCAGACACAUGAGGACAGGAAGCAAAGCAAAGGACAAGAGACUACAACAAGCAGGGCAGAUCAGGAUUUGGUUCGGGGGGGGGGAUCAGUAUCAACAAAGAUGGAGUGUGGCACUCACACCAGCUGUCCACAAUUGCUUUGUUGGGCAUAAUAGCACAAGUGUUGAAAGAAUAGUUUGGGGGAAAUUGAAGCUUACAGAUUGCUUAAUUACACAUCACAGAACGUUCAACUGAAGUUAGUUGCAAUGCAGGACAGGCAGACAGAGUCUGUAACCUGGCACCAAAAGAGCAAGGCAGUAAAUUAUAUAUAUGGUUCCUACUGGUUUCCUUCCUGUCUUCAUAAACGAGCCCAGAGAGCAGCUUCCCACAUGCCUAGUUCAGUGACAUCAUAUUCCUUCCAUCUCUUCAGAUUCUAAAAUCAAGCCUCCGCCUAAGAGGGAAUCUGCAGUUUUUACAGAUGCUUCUAGGGUUGAUGCGGUGAUGCAUUACAAAAAGCAUCAGUGGCAAUCUAUUAUUUAUUCUAUAUCCCAUGAGCCAGAGUAUUUAUCACUGGACAUCAGCAUCAAAUGCCCUCUGCUGAUUUUACAACUUCUGUCACAAGCAACAGACCCUGUCAAUUCUCUUUGAUUUUAAUAUACAGCUAUUAGCACUCAGGCCCAAGAAUAGUUUUAUCAGCAAUUUGGUCCUGAAAUGGGCCUUUGGUGUGUUGCGUAAGAUGUCAAAUAGACGUUUAUUCCUACUCUCUGGUUCCUGUUUUUUAACCAGCUGCUGAUCCGCAAGAGAGCUUGUUCUCUUACCCCAUGACUACUAAGUUUACUCAGGAGCCUUUGGAGAAUGAUCUUAUCUUUUAAAAAGUCUUGAGUAUUCACUAGGCUUCCCAUAUGUCAGGAAAAUUCCUGACAUGUCCAGGGUUUCAGGUGUAAAAAUGGCAUCGGGGGGAAUUUUGCCAGCAAAAUGUCAGGGAAAACCCAGAUGUUUAUGCACCGCAGCUCCAAAAGCUUAAAAUGACUAUUUGGGGGGGAAGUUUCUCCCCCAAAAGCCCAACAAUUUUGGGGUCUUCCUGAAAAAAGCUCAACACCUUUGCAGGUGCCAGAAAUUUUACUUUUUGAAAUAUGGCAACCGUGGUGCUUUCUGUCCAGUGGAUCACACCUAUGUGCUUGUUGACAGGACUCAGCCUUUAAAGAAUUUGUUGUGAGUCAAAAUAUCAGUAUUGAGGAGCAUUUGGCUUUGCAUAUGGACUACAGCUACAUGGUCAGCCUUGAGUAUUGACCAUGCUGGUUGGGGUUGAUGGGAGAUGAAGCUCAGCGACAGCUGAAGGAUCCAAGGUUCCCUACCAAUUGUGUAUCUGCUAGUUGUAUCUUUCAUGUUUUUCAUCAGUUUUCCUAGAACAGAUGUUAGGUUUUUUGGCUUGUGAAUUCCUGGAUUUCCUCCCCCACAAGUGGUGCUGUGUUGCCUAUUUCCCAGCUCUCAGGUACAGAGGCCUCUUACAUAUUAUUACAUAAGAGCAGCAAUAUCGCAUCUGAGUUAUUUUAAGAACUCUUGGGUGUCUACACCAUCCAGGCUUGGAGAUUUAUUUUUAAAUCGUCAUUAGGACUUUAUCUCAUCAUCAUCAUUUGCCUUGCCUCCCUGAAAAAGUCGGUUUAUACACGGUAUUUCUCCGCAUCUUCUGCAACGAAGACAAGUGCAAAGAAUGCAGCUGAAUGCAAACAUUUGCAAAGGAUUUGUGGAUGAAACAUGAGUUUGUAAAUAUUAUUUUAACUUUCCCCUCUCUGCACAUGCACCUACAUUAAAGAGCUUUUUAAAAAAUAACUUGCUGUACCCUUUUGCAAUAAAAGUUACAAAAAGGGUGUCCUAGAUCUCAUUUGCUUUGGAGGAAAAAGAAAGCUUACACAAACCCAAUAAACCUUUCCCCCCCUCUAACUCCUGAAACUAAAGCCUGCUUAUGGACUUUUUCCCUUGUAAAGAAGGCAUGAGUAGACCCUUUUUGCUUCCUAGGAUUGUGAACAUAAGAAGCUGCCUUGUGCUGCAUCAGAUCCAUUGGUUCAUGUUGCUCAGUCUGGCUCUCCCAAGCACUCCAGGUUUGCCGCCUGGGUCUUUCGCAGCAAUACUACUGGAAAUCCUAAAUGGGAGGGAGACUUUCAGUAAGUCAAGCAUGUGUUCCACUCCAAGCUUGGACCCUCCUCAAACAUCUAGACUGGUCCAUUCUUAAAUAGCCUUAUAAUUCUGACUAGAUGGACCACUGUGUUAUUCUACAUUGCAUUAGUGCUGAAAGUUUUACAGUGGGAUUGAAGUAAUGGCUGAAGAAGCCUGCACUGCAUUCCAAUUGCAUAUUCUCAAGCUUACUUGUGUGCUAGGAUUCAACCCCAACAUGUUUUCAUGGGCCUUAGUGCAGUGUAUGAAAGUGCCUUCAAAUGUGUUUACUCUCAGCAGUACUUUAUUUACUUGCAGUAUUUAUGGUCCACAUGCAUGAAGCGUUAGGGAAAGGGCUUCCAAAUCAGUAAAGUGCUCUACAUAGUUUUGUUUCAAAAAAACAACAGAAAUUAUUUGUACUUUAUAAUCUGUGUGAAAUAUCCCAUUCAUUUCAGUAUUAAAGUGCAAUAUAGAGCAACCCAAGACAUUCCUAUGUGCUAUCAUUAUUUGUUGAUGGCUCAGGCAAGUUACAAGCAUCAGUAUUUUCGGCUUUAGCAAUAAAUUCACAAUUAAUUCCAAGAGAAUGGAAGUGUCUACUUAUUACAUCACACAGUUUUCUCUUGUGACAAGGCAGAACAUGUGUUUUUUUAAGGGAGAACCACCAUUUUGACACUUUCAUCCAGCAGCCCUCAAUGCAAACUGCAAUCUGUUUUGUAUUUAGCAGAUCCUUAAUUAAUUUAGC